ACCCGAGGACUUGAUUUUGAGGGGAGUCAGGAGUUCGCCUCCCCGGGAGGGUGGGUGGGGGGCGGAGUGAAGCUCACCCCGAGGUGCCUCAGGAGAACCACAGCCCCUAUUUAUCCCCCCUCGGCCGGCUUCUCCACAGCUCGCGCUCUCUAUGCUCAUAUUUGGAGUUGCCUGGGCAGCCGGUGCCCAGGAAUUUCCCGUCAUGCCUCUCCGAGAGGCGGCUGGGCCUGUCAUUUCUCCGGGCCGUAGGCGGGCGGCGUAGCUGAGGGGGAGACGGUGCCUUCAGACCCGGCUGCUGCUGCUGCUGUUUCUCCUCCUCCUCCUCCUCCUCCUCCUCCUCGUUCUUCCCGCGUUUACUUUCCGCCUCGCCGCCCUCCAUGCGCGCGGAGUUUCCCUCGCUGCUGCUCCACUUCUCUUGCCUUGUGGCGGCCGCUGCGCCGGUGGCAGGUAAGGGAGACGUCGUCGCCCGUCAUUGCUGCAGACCGGGCAGCCUGCCUUGCCCUGCCUGCUUGCCUCCCUUAGGGUUUCUAGAGCUUUCCAUCCCGGCCCCGCUUUCUCUCUCCCCCCCUCCCGCCCAGACCCCACACAAACUUAAAAGUCUAGGGAAAGGAAGCCAUGUCAUCCCUUCCUGAAGCUCAGGCAUGUCUACUCGGGAGUAAGACCCCACUGAGUUCCGUUGGCACUUGUUCCCAGGUAAGUGGGCACAGCAAGAAGCACCCCUAGCCUAGGAGUCCUAACUCCUAAGGGCUGAGGUGUCUUCACCUCCCUCCCCCCCCAUAAAAUAUUUGAGGUCAAAAAAAAGUUGAUAGGCAUUGCCAUUCAAAUGGCUACAUGUGCACCCUGAAUUAUUAUCGAUUUUGUGACGGGCGGGGCUUACUCCCCCCCCCCAAUAUUUUGAUCAAGUUGGCACCCGGACUCCUAGACUGCAGCCCACUUAACCUGAGAGCAGGUGCCAUAGAAACUAAAGGGAUUUUCCUAUGAGUAAAAAAACCAAAAACAAUCCACAAAUGUCUUCGGAAUGGUGGACAGUAUGCUUAUCUAAAAGGAAAAACCUUUACUUUUUGUUUCAAGGGGUUAAGAAGGUAAUUGUGGCCAUAAAACCAAGGGCUGGUAAUGAUUUCUGGGUUAAAUAUGUCUGUAAAGGUUGCCCUGCUUGGAGGAUCGCAGGAAGGCCCUAGUAUAAUGUUUCCAAUGGCGGGUAGCCACAUCACGGCCUCUGGAAGCUCCCGACAGGAGCAUGACGUACAAAUUUGCAUGUUGCGUAUGUCCAUUUAGCUAACUUUAGCAUCAGGAUUUAAUGAUCUUGUGGUGUGGUGUCCUCUUUAUAUAGUGGUGUGUGUUACAAACUGUGUUAAACCAGCCCCAGCUGCAUUUAGGGACCCUGCACUUCUGUCCCAAAGUCCUGCCUGGACAGCAGCACUGCUUAUGUGGCAGCAAAAUCCAAAGGGUACUGUACUUUAUUUGGUUUGCUUUUGGCACCUGCAGUAGGCUGGAGGGUAAUGGGAGGGGUGAACCCUCACCCGCAUAAUACAGGGUUGCCUCUAGAUCCUCUUUGUAAGGAUCCUAUGCUGGAGGAAUUUACAUUUGUUUUCUCAUUUUGGAUGUAAUAAUUGCAAAGCAAAUUGUGUUCUAAAGGAGAAGUUAUUUAAUGGUCCAAAGUGAGCUUAUGACUCGUGAAUAGAAAUAAAGCUGUUGGCAACUUUCUGGGCUCUUGAGAAUGUAUGUCCUAACUGGCCAUGGAAUGUUGGAAUGCUAGAUACAGUAUAAGUCACGUCCUACUUAGGGCUUGGAAAAUAGUUUACUCUUGUUUUAAUGCUGUGGAACCAUGAUGCACAAGUGAAAUCAUUUCAAUCUCUGUACACAAAGUACAGAAUAGAUACAGAAGACCAGGAGGAGCUCCUUUUUUUGAAUUCAUAAAUGAGGGUUAAUACUUUACACACAGAACUAUGCAUAUAUAAACGGAUAAAUGAAUCCUUGCAAAAAAAAAAGAGCAGACAAUCAAUCUUUUAUCAGCUAAUUACUUUGAAGGUUGUGGGACUUCAGAUUGUAAAACUUCCUUUUCUAGUUGCUGAUAUUGAAUCCUCUAACAGAAAAUAAUAGCAUGACCUAGAACAGAAAGAGGAAGCCUAAGAUACACAAUAUAUUAGAGUUAGCAAAGUUAAUGGAUAAACUACGUGAAAAGGACAAUAGCGAUUUUGAAAAAGAAACCCUUUACAAUAUAUUUGCAGAAACAAAAAAACAAAACAAAACAUGGACUCAUUGGCAGGAUUUAAAUAAACAUUUACAAUUUUAUUUAUAGAGAACAAGAAGUAUAACAAUAUGAUAUACAAGAAGUAUGACAAUAUGAUAACAAUACAAACAGCAAAAAGUAUCAUUUGAUGUAAUCAGAAAUGGAAGCUAAGGGAAGUCAACAGGGAGGGGGGAAAUUGGAAAAUGGUUGUUUUGUAAUGAUAUUGGAUAUUUGUUACAGGAAAAGAAAACCAUUAAAAAGAUACACAAUGUAUUAACAUUUAGGUUUUUUUCUAAAGUUUAUUGUAAGAUGGAAACAAGGAUGUAAAUUAGUGCUGUGAAAAAAUAUUCUAUCUUGGAAUAAAAUCAGAAAGAUGCUUUAUGCUACAUUGAGAGACACUUUUUUGUUGUUCAUCUCCCAGAAUCUUGGGCAGGCAUUCAAAGCUGCAAGGUGGUCCAACAGAUAUUGCCUCCUAGUGUCCUGCUACCACCUUUGCCUAGUCAGCUGGAAUUCAGGGAAAGGACUCCGCUUUCUGAACGGUGUUGACAAUUCAGGGAUUCCCUCAUGCCUAUCAGCUAAGCCAUGUCAAGGAUCCCAAUUCCUUUGGAUGAUGUCACUGGAAAUAGUUCCCUGUUUAUGGAAUGCCUCCCUGGUGAGAUGCAUCUGUCUCACUCAUUAUUAACUUUCAGAAGGAAUUUUAAAACAUUCCUGUUUAUGCAGGCGUUUGAUUGCAGUAAUAUGCUUGGCAGCCUUGAAAUUAUUAGCUCUGAGGAUAAGUGACUUUCAUUUUUAAAAAUGUUUUUAAUUUCUUAAAAGUUAUAAUUCCUAUUCAGUUUUUGAAUGCUGAAUUCUCAUUUCUUAUUCUUAAAUACAUUCCUGUGUUCCUUCAAUGCACAUUGGAAUUAGUAGUAGCAUACUGCUCACGAGAUUACAUAGAUAGAAUGACAUGUGCCUUCCCCAUAUUGUAACUCAGGGUGGCCCAACUUUUCAUCCUAAGUGGGCAGCAAAAGUGCUUUUACACAGAACCCGCAGGUUUCACAUUUCCUUUUCAUGUGGGGAUGGGGGGGAGCAAGGUCAAAGUUUGAUGCCCCCCCCAGCCCUUGCACUGCCUUUGCAAAGCUAGCUAAGCAAGGCACAGGGCUUUGGGAAGGAGGUAUGAGGCUCUGGCAGGAUCCUUAAGCCCUUCUACCUCUUUUCCAAAGCUCGGAAAAGUGCUAACUAGGCUUUCAGAAGGAGGCAGGAGGACUCUAGAGCCCUCAUUCCUCCUUCCCAAAACCCAAUGCCUUGCUUACCUGGCUUGGGGAAUUAUACAUCUCUGCUUCUUGGGAGAAAAGCAAUGACAAACCUAGACAGCACCCUAAAAAGCAGAGACAUCACCUUGCCAACAAAGGUCCGUAUAGUUAAAGCUAUGGUUUUCCCAGUAGUGAUGUAUGGAAGUGAGAGCUGGACCAUAAAGAAGGCUGAUUGCCGAAGAAUCGAUGCUUUUGAAUUAUGGUGCUGGAGGAGACUCUUGAGAGUCCCAUGGACUGCAAGAAGAUCAAACCUAUCCAUUCUUAAGGAAAUCAGCCCUGAGUGCUCACUGGAAGGACAGAUCCUGAAGCUGAGGCUGCAAUACUUUGGCCACCUCAUGAGAAGACUCCCUGGAAAAGACCCUGAUGCUGGGAAAGAUGGAGGGCACAAGGAGAAGGGGACGACAGAAGACGAGAUGGUUGGACAGUGUUCUCGAAGCUUCUAAAAUGAGUUUGACCAAACUGCAGGAGGCAGUGGAAGACAGGAGUGCCUGGCGUGCUCUGGUCCAUGGGGUCACGAAGAGUCGGACACAACUAAACGACUAAACAACAACAACAAAGGUGACAGUUGCAUAGAAUAUAUUAGGAGAGGAAUGAAGCUUUUUGUAUAUCAGUGGAAUAUAAACAGGUGAUGAAUACGAACUUGUAGUGUACCAAUAGAGUAUCGGGAACUCGGUAGCUCAGCCAGUGGGAUUACUUUCACCACCCAAGCAAGCCUCCCUUACCAAAGAAAACUGGGAAUGCACUUUUAGGGCCCACUGGCAGCAGCAUCUCUACCUGCUCCACAACUGAUGCCACAUUUGACCUUAGGUGUGGGGCAGGAGAGUGUGGGUUUCGGAAAAUGGCCUCUCAGACCAAACUGGGACCAGUGCUGCGUCUAAUUAUGCCCAUUGGCUAGAGGUUCUCCAUGCCUGGUUUAGCUCACGUUCUAUAAUAGUAGAUGUGAAUCCACCCACAUUGUGGCAUAGUGCAGAUCACUUUGAUUCCAACCUAGUGCUGAGAAUUUCUACUUGCUUGCUGACUCACUACUGUUUCUUAUGGGACGCUUUUUUAUGCUUACUUUUAUAGUUCUGUCCUAAUGCCUAGAGUGUAGUUUCCUUCUUUGUGUUGUUGUUGUUGUUGUUGUUGGAGUUUGCCAAGAAAUGUGAGCAAGAGAGCCCUUCAAGGCUUAUUUCCAACAGAAUUUCCAUGUGACUAUUAAACUUAAACAUUUGUUCCUAUAUUAUUUUAAAGGUUUAGUGCUCUUGAGAUUAUAAUAUUUGGUUUAACGAUAUGUAUUUCUGCACUUGAUAUAAAAGUAUCAGAUGUCCACGUCCUAAUGGCAACCUAUGAAAACAUAAUUAAAGAUUUGAAAAAGCUCUGCAAAGUACUAUAGACUCUGCCAUAAAAGCUUAUGCCACAAUUCAUUUGUUAGUGUUUACGGUGCUGCAUGACUUCUUGUUAAUAUUGUAUGUCUCUCUUAUCCAUCUUAACUAUUAGUUUCCCCAGGAUACAAUAUCUGUCUGCUUAUAUAAGAGGAAAAGGUUUGUGUUGGGCUUUUUAUUCUGAACUGACAAAAGACUUCAAAUACUCUUACUGAUUUUUCCCUUGAGUUGAAGGUUAGAGAGAUGGUGAAUUGGAGCAGACAGCUUCAGUAUCUGCUGUUUUAGUAUUUGUUGUAGCAUAGUCACACCUAAAUAUCAGAACGUAAAUCCUUACAGCCAAAGAGUGCCACCAAAUGCAGUGCUUUAAUUUUUUGUUAGAAGUUAAUGGUAACCAUUCAUUUAUGGAAAAAAACUCCUCUAGUGCAUUCGGGGACACCAGUGGUGCAGGGACUGGCCCUCCAGAUGUUUUGGGACUACAACUCCCAUCAUCCUUAGCUAACAGGACCAGUGGUCAGGGAUGAUGGGAGUUGUAGUCCCAAAACAUCUGGAGGGCCGAGUUUGCCUAUGCCUGGUCUAUUUACUGCCCCUGGUUAUCCGGGACUGUUCAUAUCAGCAACACCCUUUGAUUCUGUUAAAUACUGUUCAUCUACAAUCUUUCAAAUGUUGCUAUCCAUCUUAAUACCAUGGUUAUUUACAGUUAUGUAAGUUUUAUAAAUUGGUCAAACUUAAAAAUCAGGUUUAACUGAAUUAGGGGAAAUGUUUGUGUGGGAGUGUUUAAAUUGGCUUUAUUCUAAUCUUGUUUAAGGUGGCAAGGAAUCAGAUUAAACUAAGCCAACUAAGGCGAUUUUAAAGGAGAAUAGGUGUCUCCACUAACUGGAUUUUCACCUAUUUAAUUAAAUAAGAUUUCAAAAAGAUUUUUGUUCAAACUAGGCCAGAAUCAUUCCUUUAAACAGAGAAUUGGCUCAUGCAUUGAGUGUUUAAAAGCAGAUCUGCAGUACUGCACAGCAGAAAGUAGAUCUUGCCUGGCAAUGUAGCAGCCUCCUCUGGCACGUACAGAGUUUACCAAGGCACUAGUUUAAUCUACUGCAUCCAAAAAUGCUUAACUGAGCACCUGUGCCAUCUGUAGCCCUUUUCUGGAGGGAAGACCCUGGAACAUGGGCCCUGGAACUUUGACUAUAACAUCAGUUUUCAGGGACAAGAAGAGACUAAUAUAAUUAGCCCCAUGAUUGUAUAUCUUUUUUGUGCACAUUUCUGUGGAUUGCCUUCUAAUUAUAGAUCCAUUCUCUGUUACAGAAGUGGUGAUCCAUUUUCGGUCUGAGGGCCAUAUUUCCUCAUGGGUAGCCUCAUGGGCAGCCACAUACCAGUGGUGGGCAGGGCCCAGGGUCAACAAUUCUACUCUUCUACUGGAUUCUACUCUUACCUUUGUCCAGUAGGCUAUAUUACAGCUACCCAAAAGUCAGGCGUUUCUACACCCUGACCCACCACCCUCAACAACUCUCUUCAAACAAGCAAGAAGUAUUUUUUAUCACAGUUCAAGAACACAUUGCAGCCAGGCGAAAGCACCUGAGGACGGUGCAGAGCAGGACCAGUGGUGGGUAUCGCCUGGGGAGAAUCUUCAGGAAAGACAGAAGUCCAUAGAGGGCCACAUUUGUAUCCCAGGCUGGUUAUUCCCCACCUGAGCUCUAUUACAACACCAGAAUAUGCUCACUAUGCUUCCUUGGGCAUCAUCCUUGAUCUCUGAAAAUUUCCUACACUAAAUGUCUCAUCAACAGGAUGCCUAUGGAUGCCUAUGCAUUGCCUGACCUCAUUUUAUGGGUCACCAUAGCCCUGCUUGAUCCUCUAGUGUGUAUCACCCUUUGCAUACUAUGACUCUGGCACCUAUAUUCAUUUUCCAUACUCUCUACUGGAUGAGUUGGUCUUUUUAUAUAUUCUGCCAAGAGUAUGGAAUGCUCCCUUUUCCUAACUCACAGCAGCUAUAAGCAGAUGGAGCGUAGUUUAUGGGAAACACAAGGAAGUAAGUGUUCCACUGUUGUCUUAUUACUUGCACAUUGAGUCUAGGGGAUUCCCCAGGAUGGUUUUAGACUUGCCUUUUGCAAGAGUUUUAAACUGGUGUUUAUUUUCCUUUAUAGAGAACUACUGUGCUCAUAUCUUCUUGCAAGGAAAAUGCAGCUAUGUUAAAUCCUCAGAUCAAUAGCUGGGCAAGUGCGCACUGUCAUUUGGUUGUUCCACUGACAUCAGCUGGACUUUUGUAAUGAGUGCAAUAACAAAGCAGAAUUUACUGUUCUGUCCUUCUUAUCAAUCUGGCCCUUUUAAAAACCCAGCAAUUUUAAAUAAAAGUGGGGAACUACUAAAACACCUCCAACAAUUCCAGGCCUGUACUAAUAUUAUAAAAAAUAUAAUUACCAUUUGAAUCUGGCAGUUGUGUCAAGUGCUUGUAUAUCUAUUUACUACAAGCACUCAAAUAAUAAGAAAAUUAGAUGAUAAUCAAUAAUAAUGAUAAAUGAUAAUAUUUGAUUGAUGCCUGAACAUGGGUGAGAUGUUAGGAGGUUUGCGUUCCCUGUCUGCAAGGUGAGAUAUGAUAAGAAAUUCUCUUUGUCACCUGGACUGCACUAAUAAAAAUGACACUUCAUGAUAUGUUGUGUUCUUUGGGGAUUGGGCUGGGCUACAGAGGCCACAGAAAACAGAGAAUUUGGGAAUCGGUUUUGUGCCUGCAUCAUAAAUGGAAUGCCUGACUAUUCAUGGGAAGCAGGGAAAGGGGUUUAAAAGAAGACUCAGUAAAUCAAUUUGGUAUUUAAAUUUUCAGACUUAAUUUGUGUUCCCAAUAUUUUCUUCUUCUUCUUUUUAAAUGCACAGUUGUGUUGCUUUUUUCCUUCUCCUAACUUCAGACUUGGCUGGAGUUUAGUCAUUACGUAGGACAAGGGAGGAUAUGAAAUCAAUAAUUCAGCUUUAAUAAUAGCCCACAAAAGCUUCCAUGACAUAAGGGGAAGAGUUUUUCUCUCUCAUGGUCACAGGCUGAACAUUUGUGACACAUAGUGAAAACCAUUAGAAGGUAAAAAAACAAACAAAUGUGUGUGUGUGUGUGUGUGUGUGUGUGUGUGUAUAUGAGUUCAGUGAACAGUUUAAAUCUCACUGUGGCAUACAUUUUUACUUUUAAUGUGUGAUGAAAAUGGUAUUUUAUACAUUAUUAAAGAAAAUGAGAAGACCAUGAUUGCUGCCAAAAUGACUUUUGUAGUUACUGGCUUAAGUGUGUAAAUUGUGAGAGACCAAGUUCUUUAUGUAAUUUUCACUCUAGUCAUGAAUUUGCUAGGUGCCCUGAGGCAAGCCGUUAUCUCUUAGGCUCUGCAGUAAGAGGGUAAUAUUAGUGACUACCUGUAAGGUAGGGUUGUUGUAAGGGUUACUAAGAUCACAUGUACAUAAAGCACUCUGAAUGAACUCUAAAGAGCUAUAUAAAUGCUAAGUGUUAGCAUCAUCUAGAUUUUUAAUGCAGUAAUUUAACAUAGAUGUGGCUGCUGCGUAUGGUUCUUCACCUACAAUUCUGAUGGUUUAAAAAUGUUUUCUUUAUGUGGGUAUUUUAUGGGCUAUUGACUCCCAAUAUGUUGUAUCAGCAAAUUCAUUGACUGCAGCUUUGAGUGACUGUCAGUUCUCUGCUGUGCUAAUGGCUUGUUAAGAAAGACAUCUAACGACUUAGAACUGAACAUAAGCCAUUUCUAUUCUAAGAAGCAAUUAUGUAUGCUGACACAGCAUAUGCUAUUGAAACAGCCGUUCUUACAUGUUGUUCCAGCUAACUAUGUAUUUCAUCUCAUAACUAUUAAAUGUUCAGGUGGAAAACCCUGCUUGGUGACAUUUUGUCCCCCCCCCCCCCAUUUAAUGCAGCCACCUACUUUAAAGCAAGUUCUUCAGAUUUAACCUUUCCAUUAAUUUGUUGACAAAAUGUAUAAAUAAGGUAUGACAUUAUAGGUUCAGCCAAAACUGACUUAGGAGGUGGAACCCUAUUAACAUAGAGGGGGUAAGUGGGAUUACUGCAAAUUGAGUUUUUCCUAUGUUUCUCCAUUGCAGACAUUCCAUUACAGUCUCUCAGCAUUCUGUCAUAUUCCCUAAUACUGAUUUGAGUCUUCCUCUCCUUGUGCUAGGGACGCGGGUGGCGCUGUGGGUUAAACCACAGAGCCUAGGGCUUGCCCGAGCCUAGGUCGGCGGUUUGAAUCCCCGCGACUGCGUGAGCUCCCGUUGCUCGGUCCCUGCUCCUGCCAACCUAGCAGUUCGAAAGCACGUCAGAGUGCAAGUAGAUAAAUAGGUACCGCUCUGGUGGGAAGGUAAACGGCAUUUCCGUGCGCUGCUCUGGUUCACCAGAAGCGGCUUAGUCAUGCUGGCCACAUGAUCCGGAAACUGUACGCCGGCUCCCUCGGCCAAUAAAGCGAGAUGACCCCAGAGUCGGCCACGACUGGACCUAAUGGUCAGGGGUCUCUUUACCUUUACCCUUUACCUCCUUGUGCUAAUGUAGCCAAAACCAUAAAUGAUAAGCUACACACAAGAGGGAAGUAUUGGCAGACUCAGGGUAUCCCAAAGUAUGUACAAGUAGGGAAAAGCCUCCUGCUGAAACAAACCUAAAGGAGAACAACAAAGAAAACAAGUAUCAACAGGCUUGAUGCUUAUACUAAUUACAAAAGAAUACAAAUUAUUGUGGAGCAAUUACAUUGUUGUUUCUGUUUUUAAAUGAAUUAUUUUGUUUUAUAUUUAUUCUGGGCUUCCCUGAAUAAGCUAUGUGUGGUGCACCUAGUUCCCCCAUUUCAUGGCUGAGUGAGGAUUUGAAUUUGGGUCUUCCUAAUUCGCCCCUUUGCCUGUGUUAACCAUACCAAUCCUUCCUGCUCCUGGUCAUCAAAUAAGGCUGACAGUCUCACCUGUACCUUGCUUCCUUCCCAGGAUCCCCCUUCCGCCUGUUGUUGCAAAAUAUCCCUGUCAAUAACUCAGGCAGAGAUCUUGCAAGAACAAUCAGUUUUCUUCCUCUGAAGAGUUGCUGCCUGCUGCCCAUUGGUGGCCUAAGAGUCUGCCCACCUACUAUGUCUUUUGUCUGAGACCAUGCUCAGUGUUCCAUUGGCAUUGGAAACUUGGUUAGCACCACAGGGCUUUUUUUGGGAAGCUCAGUUGGCCCCCUCUCAUUGCUUUUCUGAAGUUCUGUUAAUGCCUUUCCCCCUUCUUGUUCUGAGCUAUAUUCUACUUGUGCCUGUUUUUUUCAUAUGAUUAUGUGUUGAUUAAAUUAUGUUUUCAACUUGUGAUUGUGAGCUGCCUUAGGGACUCCACACGGAACCCCAUGUGGAUAAAUUAUUUUAUAUUCCAUGCACCUGCCUGUCAAUUUGACUGUUUACUCGAGGGAAAUUGUGAAAAUAAUAGGCGCUUUCAUCACUGUAGACUUCACUUCUGCUAUGCAGCUGCAAUACACCAAGGCAAGAUAGUGAGCCAUCUGUCUUCUUUCACCCGCCACCCCAAACUUUAGGUGAUCAAUGCCUGAUUCUUGGGUUUUAUGCAAGAUUCACACUUUGAUGCCUUAGUAUCUGUGGAUUUUUGUCAAGGGUAUUUUAAACGUGUGGUAUUACCCACUCCUCUGUUUGAUGAAAGGUUGUUCCAUAUGUCUGGCAAAGCCUACUUUUUAUUGUUAAGAUGGUUUGAGCAUACUUAUAACACCAAUCCUGGCUCAAUUACACUGGCUUCCAUUUAGUUCUAGGUCCAAUUCAAAGUGCCUGUUUUGACACAUAAAGCCUUAAAUGGCUCAGGACUGCAAUGUUGUUGUUUAGUCGUUUAGUCGUGUUCGACUCUUCGUGACCCCAUGGACCAGAGCACGCUAGGCACUCCUGUCUUCCACUGCCUCCCGCAGGACUGCAAUACAGUACCUCAAAAAACUGACUCUCCCCAUAUGAACUGACCCCAACCCUGUGAUCAUCAUCUGAGGCCCUUCUUUAUGUGCCUCCUUCUCGAGAGGUCUGAGGGUGGCAGUGUGAGAAAAGGCCUUUUCUGUGGUGGCUCCCUACUUGUGGAAUGUUCUUCCUAGGGAGGCCUGCCUGGCGCCUUCAUUAUGUAUCUUUAGGUGCCAUGCAAAAACUUUCAUCUUCUCCUAGGCCUUUGGCUAAUUAAAGAAUAUAUGGCAUUUUAAGCUAUGUAUGUGGGUGGAGUAUUGUUUUUGUUUGUUACUAUGUUAUGUAUUUUUGUGCUUUUAUAUUGUAAACUGCCCUGUGGUCCUCAGAUGAUGGGAGAUAUAGAAAUUCAAUGAAUGAAUGAAUGAAAUAUGUUGUGAGAAGCUUAAGCACCCUCUUUUUCUAAGCAUAUUUGGGCCUCUCCCCCUUUACCUCUUAUUAGCUGGAUGACAAUAAGUGUCAGACUCCUGAGAUGAGGCAAUCCUUUCUGAAUUUUCAGUGAAAUCCCAAAUUGCAUGUGUUCACUGUGUGUACCGUUACACAAAACAGAUGGACUUAUUUAGUCUAGAGCGCUUAAUUGCUUCUUGAGUGUGAGCCAACCUACACUUUUAUUCCUAGUUGAUAUUAAUCUUUUUAACUUUCAAAAGUUCUAUCAUCUGGUUUAAGCAACAACACAAGCCAUUCCUUUCGCUCACACUUUUCCCCCUAUGCUAACCACUAGGUGGUGCUCUGCUCCUUAGCUAGUGGAAAGAGCAGCAUUAAUCAUAAAUCACUAAGCCAAAGCAUGCUAGAGGCCUCUACUCCUGGGGCACCCAGUUUGGUUUUUUUUAAUGGUAGAAUACAUCUUUGUUCUUUGCCUGACCUGAAGAGUGACAUCACUGCCUUUCUUCCUGUUGCACUGUAGCUGCUUGACUCACAGUCUUUGACACAAGCCAGAUGGCUGCAAUUGGUAGGCGCACAGGCUGCCUGGUACUACAGUUGAUGAAACAGAAUAGGAAGACGUUUUAUGAUCAGCUGCGGGAGCACAAUAAGACUCCAGCUUUGCUAGGUAAUUACGUUUUCACUGCACACUUUUAUUCCUCAUGGUGAAGGUUGCUUGGGAGAAAAGAUUACAUUUUUAUUUGUGUGUUUGGAAUGCAUAUACCUUUGAUCUUUUAUUAGUCAGUAGUCUGCUCCAGAGGAAUGUUAGUUGGGUGUUUUUUGGUGUUUUUUUUUUUAAAGAAAGGAAACAAAAAAGCAGUUCUGCAGUCACUCGUGGAAAUGACAUGUUUAUUUAUGUUUAAUGGUUCUCUCAGGCUAUUCAUUGCGGUACUUACCUUCUCACUCUUCCUCCCCACCUCUCCAUUUAGGAACUCACAAAUGUUUCAUGUCCAUCGCUUUCUAAGUCAGCGUUCAGCCAUGUUAAUUCAAGCAGGGUUUUUAUGGUUAUGGUAGUUGUUGGUACUUCAAACUGAUUUAAUAAUACAUAUAUUGAUGCUUCUUAUCUAAAGGGACUGGAAGAAGCAACAUGCAACUUCCCCUUUGCUUGACGUAGGGGAAGUAGAAACAGUCAUCCUACCUCGGGUUACAUACGCUUCAGGUUACAGACUCCGCUAACCCAGAAAUAGUGCUUCAAGUUAAGAACUUAGCUUCAGGAUGAGAACAGAAAUUGUGCUCCGGCGGCGUGGCAGCAGCGGGAGGCCCCAUUAGCUAAAGUGGUGCUUCAGGUUAAGAACAGUUUCAGGUUAAGUACGGACCUCCGGAACGAAUUAAGUACUUAACCCGAGGUACCACUGUAUAUAUUUAGGGUGACCGCAUAUCCUACUUUAGAGGACAGUUCUCUGAAGAAGUGGUCAAAAUCCAAUUUUAAGGAUGGAGAAGGAACAACAAGGGGCCCUCUCAGUUAGUUCUUGGAGAGCAGACUGCAGACACCACAGGUCACCUGGUCACUGUAACAAAAUGUAUUUCGUUUAAGCUAGGAGAUGCCUCUAAAUUUGCAUCCUAGAAAAUUUCACACCAGUAACAUAUCCUCUUCUAUCCACACCUUUGGUGAUUUGUAACUGGGUAACCUACAUACCUUUGCAUGCCUUUUACAUUGCAUAACUAAUGCAUGCGCGCACACAAUGCAAAUGGAAAGGAUUGGAUCCCAAGGUUUGUGUGAGUAGAAGGCCAUUCAUGCAGCAGAUCUUUCCUGUCUCAUCCAGACCAUGCAUCUCUGGAGCACAGACUGUAGUGUGGGGUGGGAGCUACUGCUGUGGGGAAAGGGAAUCACUGACAAUUGGGAAGAUACCUGUUGCAUGAGUGUAGUUCUGCUUUCAAAGGUGCCUUCUCUUGCAUAACUUUUGGAUUCAAUCUCAUGUUUUUCAGAACUUAAAGAGGGAGCAAAGAAGAUAUAACUGUUUCCCACCAGGGCCUUCCUCCUACUCUUUCGAUGUUUGCACACAGGUUUCUAGGCUGUUGGUGUGCCCUGAUUUAGUGUACUCAUGAUGCCCACAAGCCAAAUGAAAAUGGUGUCAAUUUCCAUGUUGAUCCUGUUUGGCCAAAUUACACAUCAGGGAAUUAGCAUGGAGGCCAUAGAUGAUACUUUACAAAAAAGGAAUUGCCCGGGUUCUUGUACAAACAUCUGCGAAACUUUGCCUCCCUUUCUACUGCUUCCUGCAACUUUAGUUUACCUUCAGAUUACAGGCGGAUGAAGUUGUUGUCACGAUGCAAAAUUAGUGCAGCUAAUACAAAGUGUGCAAUCUAUUGCAAACUCCUGGAUAUUCAGAUGAAUGGGAAUAGCAGAAGAGAGAUGCAGCCUUGCACAAUCUGUUUUAUUGCAGCCUGCCAACUAGAAGUUUCUUUUUGGUUUGCAUUGCAGAAACUUAGGAAAAGAUUCUAUGUUUAUUUCAUAGGGUAACUGCACUUUGCCAACUCUUGUAACAAAUUUCCAGUCCCCUCAGAUUAACUUUCCUCUCUGCAUCUCUUGCUCUUUGACCAAAGGCCUCAGUGCAGUGUUCAUGGGAUUACACCAUUUAAAUAUGAUGACAGGGAAAUUGUUAAAAGUACUCAACAGUUUCAAAGUGCCUAUUAUUUGUGUAACACUAUCUGCCCCAUUAUUUUGAAGGGACCUGGAACAUUCAUGUAAUCUCAUAAUAAGUGAAAAAGAAAAGUUCUGUGUUUUAUUUUCUGAAUUUUUCAUGAGAUCAUUUCCCAAUCAUCCUUGAAUUCCCUUUUUUUUGUGUCUUGUAUUUUAGCAAGGUGCAUCAACGCCCGGUGCAGUCAGUGUGUUUGCUUAUUAUGUUAUCAAUCAUGCUAAUGUAAUCAAGCAUAAAAGCCUGACGGCAAGGAAUUAGAUAAAAUUACUUAUGAAUGUGUAUUUGGAAUGUUAGUCUUGUAUUUUCCUUUCAUUUAAAAAAAAAAUCAUAACCACCAGUUUUGCUGUGAAUGUAUCUAACAUUUUUGAUGUUUUAAUUUUAUUUUCAUCUUUUUUUUUCUCCCUUACUCAGCUCUUGCCCCUGUUCUUUGCCUCUGGUUGUGUUGGUGAGGAUAUUACAGUGAUGUCUGCAUUCAACCUUCUGCAUUUGGUGACAAAGAGCCAGCCAGUGGCCCUGCGAGCCUGUGGGCUUCCCUCAGGUUGAAUGGCUGCUACUUGUUGUGGUCAUGCAUAUGGAGGUCCCUCUUAGAGACGUGGGUGCCUCUGCUACAGUAAAUACUAUGCCAUGCUUUGCUAAACUGCUAGCUAUCUAAAACGUCUGAAGCUGAAAGUAUUUGUUAAAGAGACACCAUGCUUUACAGCUAUGUUGAAAAAUUAUUUGAGAAAUGUCUUGGAGGCCCAUACAUGACACAAUUCCUUUAGAUUUGACGUUUCUCAGUUCACAAAGAAAUAAAAAAACAACAACCCCAAUAUAAUUGUCCUGUAAAUAAUAGUCACAUUAAAUACUCCCCUAGCAAUAUAUAAGCAAUACAGUCGUACCUUGGAAGUUGAACGGAAUCCGUUCCGGAAUUCAGCUUCACUUCCAAAACGUUCGGAAACCAAAGCGCAGCUUCUGAUUGGCUGCAGGAAGCUCCUGCAGCCAAUCAGAAGCCCCGUUGGACAUUCGGGUUCCAAAGAACAUCCGCAAACCGGAACACUCACUUCCAGGUUUGCGGCAUUCGGGAGCCAAAACGUCCGAGUAAAAUUGACUCAAUAAGUGUCAUAGUUUCCACUUCAAAACACUAGCACCUGCUUUCCAGUCUAGAUGUACUUAAGUGUACAUUAAUGAGGGAGAAUGGAAUUAGUAAUAUGGCAUAUAUAUCUAUAAGUAGUCACUGCCUUCCUUCUGUAUUAGAAAUUAGAGCUGGUCUGACUUUUUUUGUUCACCUUUUUGUAACAGAUUUGCACUUUAAGAUAGUUUAUGAAUAUCUUCAGAGCAAUCUGCUUCCCCUCUCACCCAAUACCCUGCCUUGUUCCAAGCCUAUCACAGUUUAUGCCACCUUAUUGGCCUCUUCCUAAUAUUGCUAUUCAUCUGGAAUAAAUCUUAUUUUUCUGUAGGAAAUAUUAGAAGUUAUAUGUUUAUAUAAUUGAGGUGUUUUUAUUUUUUUUCCAAUGCACAAAAUUGGGCUUAUUUAGAAACGACUUAGUUUUAAAUUAACACAUGUUCUGUAGAGAUUUCAGCCUAAAAGUUAAUUGCUCCGGAUUUCCAGUAGAUGGCACUAAUUAUGUAUUCUUUUGAAUAUUUUAAAUAGAAUUAUCCCUCUCCAAACAAGAAAUCUUUCACAUGCAGACUUAAUCUUGUUUGAAAAGCAAUUCUCAUCUAGAAAAUAUAUCAAUAGUGUUCUACUUGACGAUUGAAUAAUCUAACAAUAUUUGAGAAUUCAUUACACUUUUGUGUCCCAACAUUUUCCGUGAAUAUACAGAUAAAUUUAGUUUUAUAAAAACUUUAAUGUAAAUUUGUAAGGAUAAAAUAAAACCUUUAUUCAUAUGUAUUUAUACAAAACUUUAAAAUAUAUUUUCUGUAGCAGAGCACCAUAUUUAUAUAGGGGGAAACUGACUUUGCUUUGCUGUGAGUUUGCAUUUUAUAAGCUCAAUCAUCUCUUUUUCUCAUUCACACUUUAUGUUGCUUGCAUCACCUUUUGCAUGUAGUAGAAAGCUAUUCUUCUUGCUCUUAGAAGUCUAGAAAAGUAGAAUUACAUGUAUAAUUUUAGUUACAUUAAUUGUUAAGAUGUCUGAAAGACAUGGAUGCUUCUUAACACUAAAGUUUUUAAAUACUAUGCAAUGUUUAAUUGCUAGAAUAUUUAAAUACCAUUUAUAAAAUAUUUUCUAAGUUCACAGUGGAAAUUACAAUACAGGUAUUGGGCAUAUCAUGUUAUUUUUUGGGUAUGUUUUUAAUGUUGAAUUUUGUUUUCUUUUAAUUGACUUUAAUAAUAAUUAGGCAGUUUUAAUGUGAAAAUGAACUCUUACAAAGUCGUUAAGUAGCUUGUUGAGACUACUUUAAUGAUAAUGGAAAAUACAAAAUUCAGCCACAUCUGUCAAGCACUAAAUAUGUUUUGAGUAUAAUACCUAUCAAAAAGGAAGAUGCAAAACUGUUCAAAUCUAGUGGGGGGUUUUAUACAAAAGUCCUUUAGCAGAUAGAUGUUUUUAAAAAUCCUAGUAAGAUGUAUAGUGAACCUAUUUGCCUCAACUUGAGCGUCACAGUUUUAAACACAGAAUUCAAAUUGUUGGAUAUUUAAUCUUAAACUAAUUUCAGUCUUUUCCUUGCUGUGAGUCUGUUUACUGUGACCACAACUUGAGAGCUGAACUUGUUCCUGUCCUAGUUAUUUAAAGUGGUUUCUUUUACACAUUUUAAAGAGUUCUAGACAAUCUCUCUAUUAAAAACAACAUCCAAACUAGGAGAUGAAGGGCCCUUUACUGUUUGAGGUCAUCAGUGAGGUGUUUCAGAGAGGCUAAAGUACAGUCUCAUAUCUUCUGAUCUAAAAACGUCCCUCCAAUUUGUCCUUCUUGAAGACGGGUCACUGAGUAAGCAAUGGUCCAGUUCCAGGAACACAUGGUUUCAUCUGUACCAGUUCAAUAUUUGGUCAGGAAAUAACAUUAAGACUGUGCUUUUGACCUUGAUUGCUUGUCUUCUGAUAUCUAUGUUUGGGAACUGGAUAUGGGUGAACCAAGUGAAAUUAACUCCAGACACUAUAGAAGUAGUAAUGAUUGGGAGGUUUCAUAAUAUAGAGCAUGUUGGCACUCACAUCAUUGUUCAGAGUGUCAGCAAUGUACAUCCUCUGGUCACUUAAAGAUAAAGGUAAAGGUACCCCUGACCGUUAGGUCCAGUUGCGGACGACUCUGGGAUUGCGUGCUCAUCUCGCUAUACAGGCCGAGUGAGACGGUGUUUGUCCUUAGAUAGCUUCUGGGUCAUGUGGCCAGCAUGACGAAACCACUUUUGGUGAACCAGAGCAGCACACGGAAAUGCCGUUUACCUUCCCGCCGGAGUGGUAUCUACUUGCACUUGAUGUGCUUUUGAACUGCUAGGUGGGCAGGAGCAGGGACCGAACAACAGGAGCUCACGCUGUUGCGGGGAUUCGAACUGCCGACCUUCCAAUCGGCAAGCCCUAGGCUCUGUGGUUUAGACCACAGCGCCAGCCGCGGCUUGCAGUGUUUGAUGUGCUCCUAUAUUACUCUUCAUUGACUCCAGAUAUUCAGGUCGCAGUGGGUAGGCAUGUACGUUGUGGCCCUCUUUCAGAGAUGGACCUCAUAGCCAUCAUGCAUAGCUUCAUAAUCCUGACAUGAUCCACCCUAAGGCACUUUGUGUGGCGCUACCAUUGGUAGUGGUUCAGAAGCUGCAGCUGGUGCAGAGCAUUUGACCUUUCUUAUGUGGAGAGCCUAGUCAUAAUCAUAAUGUAUUGUGAUCGACAGCACUCCAAUGCCUACACUGGCUUCCUGCUGCCUCCCAGACUCAAUCUCAGGUGCUGCUGAUUAUUCCAACGGACCUAAAUGAUCUUGUCAAAACACACCCCACUGUUUUAUUAUAUCAUGACCUUUUUCAUUUGAACAGUUCAGUUAAGCCCAACAUCUAGUAUGUACAAAGUCACGAUUGCCCAGGAACUUUGGCAAUACCCAAGUUUCUACACCUGCUUGAAAGUCCAGAAAGACCCCAACACGGCUUACAAAUAAGGAAACAGAGAGCAAAACACUAUAUAGCAAUAAAGUGGCAUCAGAUACUGUAUAUAUAAAUACAGAAAAAUACAUUUAAAAGUUUUAGAAUGCCAGGGCUUCCCUAUCGUUUCAUUCUAGAGUAGAAGUACUCAGGAUUUGCUGGAAUUUUAUUUUUACAUUUGUUUGUAUUAUUAUUAUUAUUAUUAUUAUUAUUAUUAUUUAAGUCGUAACUAGUUUUGAGUGAUGGAGAGGUAGUGUAUAAAUAUUUGAAAUAAGUGUGAUUUAAAAACAAAUAAACUCACUCUUUGAAGGCUAGUUGUUCCUCCACAGUUUUUAAAAGAUUUCCCCCCCAAAGAAAAGCCUGACUGGAAUAUUGGUAAAAAAAUUAGUGAAUAUUAGAACAGUAAAAAUCAGUAGAAAAAUACUGGGAAGGUUGUACUGAAAAUAAUAAAGAAUCAAUCUACAAAAUGUAAGUAAGGCAACAAUAAUAAUAAAUUUAUAAGAUAUUUUGUAAUUUGUUAUGUUUUAUAAAAACAAUACAAAUACCCUCUGAAAUGAUAUAAUGGAUGAAUGCAAAGAUGAAGUGCAAUCCUUAAUCUUUUAAUUCUUAUAAACAAAUUAAAGAAGACCUUUUUGUUCAAUCAAACUUUUGGUAGCCAGGGACAAAUUGAGAUAAGACAAAAAGGGUUUGUUUUUGUUUUUUUAUUGGACUUUGGAGCUUUGUUCUACCAUUGCUACCUAUUAUGAACCUCCAGAGAUGUAAGUGGGCCACAUAAAAUAAAAUAAAUAGUCUUUUUGUAGCCCUGGAUUUAGAUUGGAAGCUACGGUAACUUAAAUUAUAAAAUUAAGAGAUUGCAUAGGGCAACAUUGCCUUGUCUGUGGGUUUUUAACGUUGAUCCCGAAACAGGUCAAAACAGUGUUGCAUGCAUGAAUAAUGUAGGUUCUUAUUUUGCUUUUAGGUAAACUUCUGAAAGACUUAUUAGUGCAAGAAAACAGCAGAGCCUGUGAAUGUAAACCUCCACCACUUGACUUCUUAAAAUAAUCAACAUAACCUUGUAAAGCACAAACCUCACUCACAGUUCGGAAACAAUAUUUAUAUUUAAGGUUGAGAAGCCAGGAUGUAGGAAAAUCUUGCUAAUUUGUAAGGUGACCUUUAAGUGCACAAAACCCAAAUAAUUUGUCGCUUAUGAAACAGGACAUUCCUGCAAAAUUUGGGUGAGUACUUGCAUAGUGAAUCUUGUAAGACAAAGAAAUCUGGAAUAAAGUCUUUAUCCUCCUCCGAAAUAAGAUUUAAGCCAACAAUGGGGUUAACAACAGUGGUCUUUCAAAGACUCCUAUUAAAAUGAGGGCUCUGCAGCCGUUAAUGAGAGAGCUCAAAGUAGAAAACUUGAGUUUUUAAAAGAAUGGCAAGAUCAAAAGUAAUUUCUAAUCUGUGAGAUAAAAGUUUCUUUCUAGUACCUUGCAAGUUAAUAACAAAGCUUGCAAUGUCUACUGUUUACUCCAAUCAAAUACUUUUAAAUGUUCUUCUUUCUGCCUGCAAAGGGAUAAUCAGUAGUGACCAGAAGUGUGUAUGUUUAAAUUUUAUAUAUAUAUAUAUAUAUAUAUAUAUAUAUAUAUAUAGAAAUGGAAUAAAGGGGAGGGGAAAAAAGAAACAUCUUUCCUUAAAUUAUUUGAAAGCAUCUGUUCUUUAAGCUACUUUUUAUGAACACUUCUUAGUAAUGACUGAAGGUAAAAAAGCAGAAAAGCAUCCAACAUUAGGAAAUUGCAAUCCAAUACCAUGUAAUUUAAACCUGCCGUUUCUUCUCUUGUACUAAAUGACAUACAGAUGGAUAACUCUGGUCACUCUACUUUGAGAACACAAUUGCUUUCUUUAUGAGCAUAUAUCUAUUACUAACAAACUUUUGUCAAGACUGUUUAUUUCUAAUCAAGCAUAACUCCUUCAGUAAUUAGAAAAACUCAUUUUGAAAAACAUUAGUUUUUCAGGCCCAGGCUAACUGUAGACACUUCAAAAGUUUUGAUUUUCCUAAAACACCUGUGUGGCUUUUGAAUAUAAUUUUAAAUACAUGUAUUUGUAGCCUAACUUCAGUAGUAUAUGGCCAAAAACUAAAGUUUUUAUAGGUUAUUUAAUGCCUUCCCUCCCCCAUCUGUCCAUCCAACAACUGGAUUCUUUAAAAUAUAUAUUUUGUGGUGAUUUUGCCUUGUCAAACAACCCCAUAUUCAUUCUGUUAAAAAUAAUUAAGUUAGAUAAUUAAAUAUAUUUUGAAAAUGUUGACAUCUCUAUGGUAGCUUUUGUUACGGGAAUGGGGCCACAGACCCCCUGGGUGGGCUACGUGGAACCCCAGUUGGGAACCACUGGUCUAGCGCAAUGUGAGCAAGCAUGAAUGAACCACAGCAAACCUUGGGCAAACCUGCCUUCUUCCAGCAGAAUAAGUUCAGAAUCUUUCACUUCUGCUUUGGGUUUGUUGAAAUCAUGGCUUCUAGUUGGCUUGUGUCAAACAAACUAUACUUAAUAUUAACCACAGUUUGUUGGCUCUGACAAAACAACAAAGUGAGGUGUUGUGUUGUUGUUUAGUCGUGUCCGACUCUUCGUGACCCCAUGGACCAGAGCAUGCCAGGCACUCCUGCUCCUGUCUUCCACUGCCUCCUGCAGUUUGGUCAAACUCAUGCUGGUAGCUUCAAGAACACUGUCCAACCAUCUCAUCCUCUGUCGUCCCCUUCUCCUUGUGCCUUCAAUCUUUCCCAACAUCAGGGUCUUUUCCAGGAAGUCUUCUCUACUCAUGAGGUGUAGCAAAAGUCAAAGAUUCUGAGUUCCUCCUCCUAGUAAAGAAGUGCAUAGGGAGAGGUGAAGGAAUGUGCAAGAGCUCAUUCAUGUUGUUCUAAACUGUGGUUUUGAGUAAUGUCCAAACACAGCCAAUGGCUCUUCCAAAUUCUCCCAAAUCCUUCCCUACCCUCCUGCCUUCGAUAACCUGGUUUUUGUCAUUUAAAAUAGACUGGAUCAUUUUAUUUUGCUUAAUCAUUUUAAUGAGCCGGAAGACUGUUAAUAAAUCACACCACUGCCACCAAAUGUAUAACCACUUCAAGGUUUUAUUACAAUCAAGGGGUGCAUAAAUCCUGUUAAAUAAAUAACAACAUAUUCUACAAUGGUGCCUCGCAAGACGAAAUUAAUUCAUUCCGCGAGUUUUUUCGUCUAGCGAAUUUUUCGUCUUGCGAAGCACGAAAUCCCAUAGGAAUGCAUUGAAAUUCAAUUAAUGCGUUCCUAUGGUCAAAAAAAGUCCAAACAAAGCCAAAUUUGGUACAACAAGAGUUUAUUAAGUGCUCUUUAAAGUCACACAUACUGUAAAGAGCAUUUCAAAAACUGAAGGAACAAUAAAUUAAGUUUCUAAACAUGACAGAAAAACAUUUAAAAAUCAACAAAGUGUACAGUACAUUUUCUAAGACUCUGGGGGACAACUCGAAGAAGGUUCCUCUUCCACUCUUUGCUUCUUGCAAACCCCUCCUCAACUGUUCCCCCAGCCACCCACCACACAGAAAUUCAAAUCCAGAAUUUUUUUAAAAAACAGCAGAGUGGCCCAAUGGUCACAGAAAAUCAUAAAAAUGCAGGAAAAAACCACACAAGCUUCCAGAUUCUUGCAAACCCCUCCUCAACUGUUCCCCCAGCCACCCACCACACAGAAAUUCAAAUCCAGAAUUUUUUUAAAAAAACAGCAGAGUGGCCCAAUGGUCACAGAAAAUCAUAAAAAUGCAGAAAAAAAACAAGCUUCCAGAUUCUUGCAAACCCCUCCCCAACACCAAGUCCUUGAAUUCCAAACACCCCAACCCAAAAUCCAAAAACCCCCCAAAACGUUUUAAAAGUUUAAAAGAAGUUUUGGAAAAGCUUCAAAAUCACCAAAGUCUUCAAAAACCUCAAAAAAGGCUACCACACCGCGUUCUAUGAGUUGCUCCUUGAAGUCAAGUCGCAACUGUAUUAACGGUGUUAAGAAAAAGGAAACAAACUUGCAAGACGUUUUCGUUUUUCGUCUUGCAAAGCAAGCCCAUAGGGAAAUUCGUCUUGCGAAGCAGCUCAAAAAACGGAAAACCCUUUUGUCUAGCGAGUUUUUUGUCUUGCGAGGCAUUCGUCUUGCGGGGCACCACUGUAUAAGUCAAGGGUCGCCAACUUGGCAUCCAUGGCUGCAGGGGCACCCUUGAGGUCUUUCCCGGAAUCUGCAAAGCCCCUGAGCUGACCCACUCACUGCCCUCUUGGUGAUGAAUUGGUCACCUUUUUAUCUUUUGAAAAGUACACGGAGUGGAAAGAGGAGGUGGUUCAAAGAGUGGUCCUUUUUCACUCUCUCUUUCAGCUUUAUGUGCUUUUCAAGGUUCAGAUUAAUUUUACUGGGUCUAAUGGACUGACUAAAAGUCUUUUUCAAGCAGAAUAUUUUAAUUUCUAGUACAAUAUACAGAACAAACAAUAAAGUAGCAGGCAUGCUAUUUCCAUGUAGCAAUAAUUUGCAGAUUAAUACAUUAAUUCUAAGAGAGAUUUCUUUAUCUCUCUCAGCAGUAGUAGGUAAUACUUUUCAAUGCCAUUAAUAUUUUGGAUGCUCCUAAGACACAAGAGGAAGUAAUCAUGAGCAACCUCCAGAGAAAGUAUUUCGAGCUUGCAACAGAUUUUACAAAAAUCAAAUUGAUGAGGCAGGAAGGCUUAUCUGUUUCUUAUCAGCAGCAGGCAGACCUUUAAAAUACCAUUCAUUUAGAUAAAAAAUGCAAAUUAUAGCUUCCAACUGAAGUGCUGUCAGCUAUUCUCUUUGAUGAGAAGUAAAAUUUUAAAGAAACAUUUGUUUCUAAGUCAACGAUAGCUAAUUACAAAACUUUCAAGUUUCACCGAAUUGUGUUUAAACAUCAUAUGCCCAUUACCUUUAUAUCUACAGUUUCUUGCAAAUACAAAGGCUGUGCUCUUAAGCAUAUUUACUGGGAAGUUCCAUUAUGUUUAGGCUCAGGUUGUCGCCUUUUUGUGAAUGAUUGUGUGAAUGUAGAAUCUUGCCGAUGGUUGUGACUUUUCUGCAUUCAGAAGGCUUUGGCUGUAUCACAUGAUCACUGUUCUAAUGCAGUCACCCCCCCUUGUGAACAGCAGACUUUUUUUAUUAUUACUAAAAAAAAGUUGGAUUUGAAGAAGCCACCAGCUGAGGCACUCUAAUAUAUUAGAAGUUGAUCUGGUCACUGGGAAAGUAAACGCAGAAGCUGUGUUUUGGCUAGAAGCCAAAGCUAUUGUUCAGGAUUUCAACUAAAAAGACCCCUUCUCCUGUAUCCUCUCCCUUUGCAGGGUCACGCAGGGAUAAAAAGAACUGUAAGGUGGUCUUCUCCCAGCAAGAACUGCGGAAGCGGCUGACACCUUUGCAAUACCAUGUUACUCAGGAGAAAGGGACUGAGAGGUAAGGUAUGGCCAUGUGGUCAAUGAGAAACACAGCCAGCUCCUCUUUCAAUCUGCUGCUGUUUUCUCCUCAGCUGACAGCUUCAAGAAAUUUAGCACUUGUUUACUAACUUAUACAAAUUAACACCACCAAACCAGACAGGAAUUUGCAGCGGGAAGGGCAAGGUCACGGACUUCAUAAAUAUAAAAUGAACGCUAUUCUGUCCUUCAGCUUCUUCUUGGGGUCUGUUUUCAGUUUACUACAAAAUGUGUGGAAGUAAUGGCAGUUAAGAGAGUCUUUUGUUGUUGUUUUGGGGGAGGAGGGUGGAGACACCACAGUAAGCAGAACCAUAAGGGAAAUAGCCCUGUGCCAUUUAAAGGUGAAGUUUUGAAGGUGGUCAUUGUAUGUACAGACAGUUUGGAUGGGGGUCAGCGAGAGUAAGAAGGUAGCAUAUUUUCAUUCCUUUUCCACUUUCUGUAUUGAAGCACACGUGGAGAAAGUAUUUAUUGGCUCAUUUGUGGCUGGAAUGUCAAAUAUUUUCAAUAACUGCCCUCACAUGGCUUUAGACCUUGAAAGCAAGCUCUAAAUCCUGGAGAAGGUUGGGGGGGGGGAGGAGACAAGAGAGCUAAUUCCUAAGGCUCUCGCCGUGAAUAUAAUUUAUCUCAGCUGAUUUCUAGAAUGAGGAGGAGGAGGUGGCGGUCACCUCGGUCAAUGUCUAACUAUUUUGCUGCAUGCAGGUUAGAUCCCAUUUGGCACAGUUGCAUAUUCCUGCAGGGUUGGACUAGAUGAUCCUCGGGGUCCCUUUCAACUCUGCAAUUCUAUGAUUCUCUGUUUCUUCUGACCAUGGAGUUUAAAGUCAGGCCUGCUUCCAUUCCAAUAGCAAUAGUAGUACACGCGGCUUUUGUGGACCUGACCUCCGCUUUUGACUCCAUCCCCAGAGAUAGGCUAUGGCAGAAGCUUAGUUACACUAACAUAGAUAAGAGACUCCUCCACCUUCUUAUGGAAAUUCAUAAUGACAUAUCGGCCAGAGUAAAAUUCGGCCCUCUGGGAGCUCUAUCUGAUCCUUUCCCUCUGAAUAAAGGGGUCAAACAGGGCUGCCUCUUGGCCCCUUUUCUAUUCAAUUUCUACAUCAAUGACAUCGUUACAACCAUGAAGGCCCUAAAUCAAUCUGUCCCCUCUUUACAACAGCUCAAGAUCCCCAUAUUACUCUAUGCGGACGACAUGGUGAUACUGUCUUUAACCAAGCAGGGCUUAAACAACAUGCUCAGAGGGCUCAUGACAUAUUGUGAUACCAACUCCCUCAAAAUCAAUUUCGCCAAAACCAAAAUUCUUACUUUUGGCACGAAAACUCGGAAGCCUUUCUGGAAUUUUGAGGGCCACUCUAUUGAAUAUUGUUCAGCAUUCAAGUAUUUGGGUAUCACUUUUCAGCAUGGGCUUAGCUGGUCAGCUCACCUAAAUAUGACCAUCCUGGCUGCCCGUAGAACCAUCAAAGCCUUGGAGAAAUUCUUCUAUGCAAAAGGCGGCCAGUUGGUUCCACCAAUCAGAAAAGCAUUUAUCAGCAAAGUCCUCCCGAUGUUACUGUAUGGGGUUGAAAUCUGGGGGUGGAAUUUAAAAACACUACAAUCGCUGGAGAUUCUGCAAAACUCUUUUGCACGAAAGAUACUGGGCCUCCCCAAGGGCUCAGUUGCUGCACAGUUAAGAACAGAACUGGGCCUCCCUCCAUCGUUGCAAGAGCCCACAUUAGAAUCAUUAGUUUUUACUGUAAAUUAUUCAAUGCCCCAGGUUCCCUACUAGCUAGGCAAGCCUUUUAACUUGUUCUCAUACCAACAAAUGGUCCAAGGCCAUGGAGACUAUUACUGCACGCUACUCCCUCCCAGAUCUCGACACGCUGUCAUCUUGGGACCAACAUAAAAUCCGGGCCUGGAUUCUUACAAGAGACGAGGCCAUGGACCGGGCACAGUCCAUUACAGCUCGCCUCUCCAUGUGGCUCCCUAAAGUGAAAGUGGUAAGAUCACUUGCCAACUACUUGAUAGACCUGACGGAGCCCAAUUUGAGAAGAGCGUUUACUAUGGCCCGUUUCCAUUCUAUACCCACGGCCUUCCUGCAGGGGAUUUACUCUAAGACCCCUAUUACUCAGCGUUUAUGUCCAUGCACAAUGAAUGAAGUAGAGGACUUCAUACAUUUCUUUUCUACUGCCCUAUUUAUGAGCCAAUAAGACCUAAGCUCCUCCUCUUGAUCCCGUCCACCAUUACAUCUAAGGAAGACUGUUUGAAAUCGCUUCUUGUGGACGCAAAUCCCCAAAUUUCACGUGGGGUGGCAAUCUUUAUAGUGCAGGCUCUGAAACUCAGGGCUACUCUGACUGGGUAGUGUGUCCUAGACCUGGACCUGUUUUAAUUCUUUUUAUUACUUUUUCAACCCAAUGUGCCGAGCCUAUUUUGGGGCCAUUUUAUGUUUUAUAUACAUCCGCAUUUUGGAUUCUUGGCGCUGGCAACUAAAUCUUUACAUUAUUGUCUUAGGGUAAUUUAAAUUGUGUGUGGCAUUAGUAGUAGUAGUAGUAGUAGUAAUAAUAAUAAUAAUAAUAAUAAUAAUAAUAAUAAAAAUAAUAAAAAAUUAUUUAUACCCCGUCCAUCUGGCUGGGUUUCCCCAGCCACUCUGGGUGGCUCCCAACAGAAUACUAAAAACACGAUAAAAGAUCAAACAUUAAAAACUUCAGCUGUCUUCUAAAAGUUUGAUAGUUGUUUAUUUCCUUGACAUCUGGUGGGAGGCCGUUACACAGGGCAGGCGCCACUACUGAGAAGGCUCUCUGCCUGGUUCCCUGCAACCUCACUUCUUGCAGGGAGGGAACCGCCAGAAGGCCCUCGGCGCUAGACCUCAGUAUCUGGGCAGAACGAUGGGGGUGGAGACGCUCCUUCAGGUAUACUGGGCCGAGGCCGUUUAGGGCUUUAAAGGUCAGCACCAACACUUUGAAUUGUGCUCAGAAACAUACUGGGAGUUAAUGUAGGUCUUUCAAGACCGGUGUUAUAUGGUCUCGGCGGCCGCUCCCAGCCGCCAGUCUAGCUGCUGCAUUCUGGAUUAGUUGUAGUUUCUGGGUCACCUUCAAAGGUAGCCCCACGUAGAACGCAUUGCAGUAGUCCAAGUGGGAGAUGACUAGAGCAUGCACCACUCUGGCGAUACAGUCACCAGACACUUUGAAUUGUGCUCGGAAACAUACCAGGAGCCAAUGUAGGUCUUUCAGGACCGGUGUUAAUAUGCAAUCUUUCAUUCCACCCCCAUUUCCAAAAAACCUCCUUUGCCACAUGUGGGGUCCUGUUUAAUUGGCAACAGUCUUCCUGUCGGAGUCGCCUUUUUACUAGACUUUCUGAAUGGGGAUCACUGGCACUAGGUUGUCUGUACCCCCACAACAAACUGGUGGUGGUGCUUUCCGCCAGCUCAGUAGGCCUUCCAGGCAAGUCGUUUACUGUUGUGUAGAAGAUUAGCAAAAAUGAUUUAGUGUGCACAAACAACCAGGGUUUAGGUCAUUUUUUAAAAUCCUGUUUAUAAAAAAAUAUAUUGGACCCCCGUAAAAAGGGUGAAAAGAUAAUAAAAACAAGCUGCAGAGCACAUAGACUUUUUGUUGGAAUAGCACAGCUGAAUUGUAUUAGUUGAAUGACCUCCUAGCCUUUAAGAUUGUUAACUUAGAAAAAUAUUCCCUUAAAGCAGUAAUAUUCCUUUUCAAAUAAAAAUAUAGAGCUCACACAGCUUGAAAUCAUGGGCCAGUUUUCUUCUCCUCCUUUUCUGUUUGAUUCUCUUGGUAGUCCUGCCCAAUCUCCCACAAAGAUCUUGCACUACUGCAUAGCUCAAUGCAAGAGAUCAAGACUAUGAUAUGGAAAUGUUGUUAAGAUGUUUAGUAUUGAGGUUUAUUUUAAAAUUACCGUAACGUUCAGGUGCAGAAAAAGAGAAAAGGGCUUGAUUGAAAACGUCUAGCUACUUGUAAGCUGUUCUGCACUUGGACAUCUGAACAAUAGUUUCUUUUCAUAAACAGGACACAUUUAUGUUGCUGUUCAGAUUUUAAUAUGCACCUUUUUUGUUUCUGAAGAAAGAACAAUAAUUCGCAAACCAUGAAGUACCGUUUAUAUUGGAACAUCGACCGUAUUGGCCUGAAUAUAAGCUGCACUUCCCCCCCAAAUUCCAACUGUGAAAAGUUAAAGUGCGGCUUAAAUUCGCAGCCUUACAAAAAUUGGCUUUUACAGUAUUGGUGCUGAAACAGACAUCUGGUAAAAUGGAACGGGUGUGAGUGCAGGCGUAAUUUUAAGGGAGCGGCUUAUAUUCAGGUAUUCUCUCCCACCCCCCUUGAAUUUUAAAGGUGUGGCUUAUUUGUGGGUGCGGCUUAUAUUCGGGUCAAUAUGGUAUAAGAGUUGAACAUAACAAUUUCAGUGUUAACGCAAUGAGAGUUCCCUGUUUGGGUGUCAUAAUUUUGUUUGAUAUGCAUUUUGUUGUAAUGUUAAUGAAAUGAAGUUCUAACAAAAAUUCUUUGAAAGCAUUAAUUCUAUAAUGCAACUGCAAGCUAUCACUCUACUUUAAACACAUUUUUAAAAUAAAAGCCUGACUAGCUUUUCAGAUGCCUUUUAAUUACAUAACUUUCUAAAGAAAUGCCUGAAGUAACUGAUAUUAGAGUUUGAAGUCUUGUUUUUUCUGUUAUAUUUUACUCCAAGAAGACCCAUUUAUCCUAAAUAGAACCCAAUAACGCAAACAUGUAUGUACAAAAUAUUUUUUUCAAUGUGUUCCCAUUGAGAUCCCAAGAUGAAUUUUUGUAGGUAGAUCUUAGAAAUAUUAAAUAGUCAAUACAUUUUUUGAAAAUCUUUAAUCAUAUUUUUAAUCACUUUUUAAUAAAAAAAAUUGUAACUUAAAUUUAUAAUUUAAAGUAAGUAUAUCUUGUGGCAUAUCAUAUUAAAGCCCAUGAAGUUCUGAAGAGAUUGGUGUUUUUAGUUCUGACGUAUCUCAAUGCUGGGCUGAGCUUUUAGGGUUUUAGUGUAGUCCGACAAGGCCAAAAUUGUCAUUUUUUUGAAAUUUCAAACCCUCAUAACUCAAAAAUAGGAUGAGAUAAAAAGCUAAAAUUUUAGAUUUAAACUUAGUUUUCAUCGUUCAACAAGUGUGCAAAAUAUUAAGAAAACUGGAUGACAUGAGGUUAAAAAGUUGGACAACUUGAUAUGGAAUAACCUGUUUGCUAAAGUACUAUGUUGCUGUUUUGUUCUAGUGCCUUUGAAGGAGAAUACACACAUCACAAAGCUCAUGGAAUAUACAAAUGUGUUGUUUGUGGAACUCCUUUGUUCAAGUGAGUAAAUUAAACAUGGUUACAAAAUAAUGGUGGCUCUGGCUUUUUGAGUGUUACAUAUGUGCUAUAGAGGUGGAUGUUAAGGUAUUGGUCUCGUACUUCAUACUGAUCUCACUAUGGCUGAUGGGAAUUGUAGUCCACAAUGUGUGGAGGGCACCAGGUUGGGAAAAGCUGCCCUGAACAGAAGCAGCAUAACUGAACUCCUUGUUGAUGGAGAAUCUCAAGGGCUACGUCAAAACUCAACUGUAGCCCAUGCAAGUAAGACUCGCCUUCAAUUCAUACUGGGUCAAGAUUCACGCAGAGCAAAUCAUCAGUGCAGACACAUUGUAAUGGAACCAAAAAUACUGGGCUUUAUGUGAGCAUAGACUAAAGGAUGAUGUAAAAAGCAUCAGUUCAGGGUUUGCCGAUUCCUUACCACCAUAAACAAGAAUUUAAGAAGAAGAAGAAGAAGAAAAAGAGUUUGGAUUUGAUAUCCCGCCUUUCACUCCCUUUAAGGAGUCUCAAAGCAGCUAACAUUCUCCUUUCCCUUCCUCCCCCACAACAAACACUCUGUGAGGUGAGUGGGGCUGAGAGACUUCAGAGAAGUGUGACUGGCCCAAGGUCACCCAGCAGCUGCAUGUGGAGGAGCGGAGACGCGAACCCGGUUUCCCAGAUUACGAGACUACCGCUCUUAACCACGACACCACACUGGCUCUCACCUAUGUUGGAAGUUCAUAGUCUAGCAUUCAUUACAUUUCUCCACACAGAGUCAGGGUCAUCAUUGUAACCACUGCUAUAUUUGAAGAACCAUCACAAUUGUAAAAUAUGGGUAACAGAAUUUGGCUUCCUUCCCAUCCCCUGAACUCCAUGUUUCUGAGAGUUGCUGUUAAUUUUUUGUUCUUUGCACCAUUGUAGUCUGUAACUAUGUCAUCAUGACCUGUGAACCAGUUAUUUUUGCCAGGAAACGGAGAAUGGUUCUUCAGCACUAAGAUUAACAAACUUCACCUUUAAUAGAUCUGAUUUAUGCUGCUUCAUUACUGUGUGGCACGUAAGGUCAAGGAACACAUGAAUUUUGCUCUGCAGAUGAAAGACCUGAGGUUUCUUGGUACACGUUUAAAAUAGAAUUCUACCCUUAUCAGCAAGGAACCAGUGAAACUCAAUCUCACUCUUCAUUUAAUUUGAUCGUUCCAGCAACUUGAAAAGCUACAAGGUAUUUAAUUGUGACCACCACCACCACUUUUCUAUAAUGAAAUGUGGCAUAGUCUUAAAAUUAUUGCCCAGAAAAAUCCAGCUUUACAUUUGCAAAAAUGCAACUGAGAGUCAUUUUGCUUAGGAAAUUUACCCACAUCUGAACAUCUGAAGUGGGGAUAAGCUUGGCUUUCCCUGUAAUCUUCCUACAGGUAGUUGUGUUAUGAGUCCCUGUUACAAUAAAAAAAAUGCUUUGUUUCCUAAUUAAUUGUUUUAUAGAAACUUGCAGAAAGAGCCCUUUUCUGGCAGAAAGAGGCCUUUGCCUGAGCUUUGUAGCUUGUGGAAUGGGGGAAUUGCAGGACCUGAAAUGCAGAGUGGGACACACCCCUGCCUGAUUUUGGAGGGGAAAGUUUGAUUUUAUAGUUUUAACUGAUUUUUAUCUUUUAUACCUUUGUAAACUGCUUAGAGACUAUUGUAGCUGAAUAGUAUAUAAAUUGUUUAAAUACAGACACAAAAAGCGGGAAGCCUGACUACUUAAACCAUCCAUGCCCUAGGAUCAGGCAGUUAGGGGUUUCUUCUGUACCUCAUUUGACUUGUCAUUGUGGGGCAAUGUUUUCACCUUUUGCUGGGCAAUGGGCUGGGGUGGAGGUAUGUGGUAGAUCAGGAAUAGGCAAACUCCGGCCCUCCAGAUGUUUGGGACUACAAUUCCCAUAAUCUCUGACCACUGGUCCUGUUAGCUGGGAAGUGUAGUGCCAAACAUCUGGAGGGCUGGAGUUUGCCUAUGCCUAUGGUAGAUGUCUAAUUUAGCGAAUUUUACUUCUAUUUUCGUCACAACUUGGCCUCUGGACUAGUGGUGAAGGAAAAGCCAGUUAGAAGUAGGACAGAAGAAAUGUAACAGGAUUCGGUAAGGGAAUUUAGCAAAGCUGGCAGUGUCUAUUUAAUACUUAACUGGUUUACAAAAUAACAAAUAUAUAUGAAAAACUGUGGUACAGUGCAAUGCAAUAUUAAGCAGAACUACAAUGCAGUGCAGUAAAAUAAUAAGUUUAACCCCCUCCGUUCACCAACCCCGCCUACCUGCCAACCCCCUCUACCUUCAUCUAUUAUCCCCUCAAAGUUUCCCUAUGCAUUUGAUAAGAAUGGUUAGAAUCCAGUUGCCUUUUGUCUGCUCCCUACCACCUUGCUCACAUGCUACUCCCUGUACGGGAGCUGCCUGCCACCAAGGGUGGCAACUUGAAAAAAAUAUUUUUUUUGGGGGGGGUAAGCCCCGCCCCACAUAAUCAAUCACAUGAUGUGGUGCAUGCACACCAUUUGAAUGACAAUGCCCAUUAACUUUGGGGUCCCCUGCCCCCCUCAAAUAUUUUAUGGGGGGCAAAGACCCCCCAGCUUCUAGGUGUUGGCUCCAAUGCUUGCCACCAACAACCUUUCCCCAUUGGCAGCCACCGGCUUUCUUUUGUAUAAAGUACAGUGGUACCUCGGGUUACAUAUGCUUCAGGUUACAGACUCCGCUAACCCAGAAAUAGUGCUUCAGGUUAAGAACUUUGCUUCAGGAUGAGAACAGAAAUUGUGCUCCAGUGGCGCGGCAGCAGACGGAGGCCCCAUUAGCUAAAGUGGUGCUUCAGGUUAAGAACAAUUUCAGGUUAAGAACAGACCUCCAGAACGAAUUAUGUGCUUAACCUGAGGUACCACUGUAUAGAGGUAUAUACUAGCUUUCACAGUAGGAUCAGCCCUAUAAACUCUGCCUAUGGCAUCUGCCGAUAUACUAUAAUGGCUCUAUUAAGUUGUCAGUCCUCAUGUUGCAAGUGUGACAGCACUAGGUAGGCAUAUUUGUUUAGGAAAUAUCUGAUACACAAAUGGGAAAUGAUGUAGCCUGAUUUGAAUCAAAAUUGCCCUGCUUGUGGGAGAGCUUACAAAACGAAUUCUGCGGGGCUUAUACAGGAAAAUGUCCUGUGGAUUGUGCCCAAAAGAAACAAAAGUUGGCAGUAAGAUUGCUGUCAGAAUUCCUUUUAUUAUUAUUAUAAAAAAAUACACUAUUUAUACCCUCAGAGUAAUGUGUGAAAUUUAUGGCCAUAUAGCAGGCUCUCUGAGUUCUGUAUACCCACUCACCCGUUCAUGGCCUUGAGCAGGCAAUAUUCUCUUUACUGGAAGGGUGUUCACUUGUAAUGGAGAUUAAUGCUUUGAUUCAUGCUGCUGGUGCACUGUUCAGUACUAUUAGAAUAUAUUUUUGGCUAAAAAUCUUUGCUUCUUUUCCUACCCUUUGAACAUAUUGAGGGUUUCUUAGUGGAACAAAGCAACCAUUUUCCAUAUAUACGCCCCUUUUUUCCCUUGGCUUUUCUGACUCUUUCCAUCGCCAUCUAAUGACUUAUUCCAGUUAACGUGAAGUUAUGGGUUUAAAAAAAUAAAUUUAUAGUGCUUUGCACUAAUUUGUUUUUGGGUGGGGGAUUUUUAUGUUUAACACAGAACAGUUUGCAAUUGUUGCUUUAUUGAAAGACCUGUACAACUCCCCAAAGCGCACCAAUGUCUUCUUAUGGAUUCAAGGAAUCUGAUAUUUCCUACGUGGCUUGGGUGUACUUCCCUAUAUCCUUUAGGGCAGGGGUGGGAAAUCUGUGGCACCUCCAGGUUGUGGGUCUCCCAUCAGCCCCAACCAGCACGGCUUGUGGUCAGGGAUGUUGGGGGUUGUAGUUCAACAAUAUCUGUAGGGCCAUAGAGUCUCCAUCACCGCCUUAAUAAAUACCGCUCCAGAAAUAACAGGCUUUAGGAAGAUUCCUACCAAUCAGCACUUGUAACUUGCUGUGGCAGGGUGUGUGUGUGUGCGCAUAUGUGUAUAAACACACACAUACACACACACACACACACACACACACACACCACUGAUGGUUAAUUUGUGAUAUAAUUCUGGCUAGAGUAUGCCCACUAAUUGGUUUGAGAGUUAGACCUAGACAAUGCUUCUUAUAGCUGUUUCUUCGGAUAGGACUAGUCAUAGGGUUAAUUCUGCUUGACAGCACUUCAGCAGCAUCUUGAAAGCAAUUACCCAACUUGCGUUUUCCCACAGCUGAAUUGAGAGCUUCAAAGGCUUCUGAGUUUAGAACUAUCAUUAAGCUAUAUCUGAAACAUGAUGUUCCCACAAAGGCUAAUUUCCCCUCUGUUCCCCACUCCUCCCUCUCAUUAUUAAAUCUACAGCCUACUGAGUUCUUUUGUGGUAUGCUAAACACAUAAGAUAUCAUGUAAUAAACAGGCAAAAUUGGUAGUAUAGAAUGGGCAUGGUAUUUGUAUGUUUUGUGUGUACUAGUCUCUUGUUCUCUGGGUUUUCCAGCCUUCUCUGUUCUUAAGGGAAACAACCAUUUAUUUACUGAGGGGACAGAUUAACAUGCACGUUGAUUAAAACCGUCUUAUGAUGCUUUCCAAAGAAAUAAAUCUGACAAGUGUGAUGAUAGAGGAUAAAUGACAUGGUGUUUGUAAUUCUGACAAUGUAUUUCUUCUAACUUUAUGGAGAGGGGUUGUGGGGUUUUUUGUUCAUUGUGUUCUGUGAUUAUUGAUCAAGGUUUCUAAUGUAAAAAUACACUGAGAUUAUGUUUAGGAACAAAUGUGUUUACAGAUGAGGUGCAUUAAUAUAUAAGUUUGCUAUUUGUACUUCAGUCAUGGGUUUCUCAUGACAUAAACAGUUCUUUAUCAUUAAAGGAUCCCCCCCCCCCUUUCUCUCUCUAUUUCAGAUCAGAAACUAAGUUUGACUCCAAUUCAGGUAUGUUUAGGUUUACAUUUUUAUGUUGACUGUAUGCUGUUUUCAUGUUGUUCCCCAAAGAGUAAUUUAUCAGUUCAAGUGCAGUCUUAACUUUAAACAGUCUGGAACAAGCCAAUCUUUUGAAUAAUCUCAGGUUUCAGAUUGCCUUAAACAGUGCUAUUAUUGUGAAUGGCAGUGCUUUUAUUCCUUUCAUAGCUUCAAGUCUCUUUAAUUUUACUCUUUUAUGUUAGAAUGAUUGCAAGGAAACCAUGUCAGUUCUGCAUUAGGUUUUGAAUGAUAUAGCAGGCUGAGAGAAGUGGACUUUGGGAAUAUUGACUGUUUUAAAAGGAUAUUUUUCUUCCUGGAGGACAAAGCUAUUUCACGGGCAUGAAGUCUGAGCAGCCAAUACAUCAGGAAACAGGUUAUUUGUCACCAAAUUUUCAUGACAUGUCCAUGUAUACUUGCAUGCCAGACAAGGCUAUAGAUUUCUCUCUAGGUGGUUAAUUUAAAUGUCUGUUUCUUUUAGAUAUAUAAGAAAUAUUGAUGUCAUAGGCUCUAAAAAGCAGAAAAUUCCAAAAGUUAAUUUAAAUUGAGCAGGAGAAAGUAUGCAUUCUAGCAAACUGGCUGACUUUCUUAAAUCAAGGGUGGUGGUAGAAGAAUCUGAGUUGCAUUUCCUUCAGCACAGUUUAAUGGUAAAAUCUUCUUUCCUGCUGAGAAGUUGAAGUGGCUUCCCUAUAAUUAAAGCUCUCUGAAUUCUUUGACAGAGGCUUUCCAUUUAGAUUUUUCAGUGAUUGUGUUUAGCUUUACUAUGAGAAUUAUCAGGCAGCAGCACCUUGAUACAGUUUACUUGUGUCUACAUGUGUUAGUUCAGAACUGAGAACACUCUGCUAUAUCCUAUAUACAAUACAUAGAACAGACUUGCCCAGUUAAAACAAUAAAUCUUUGUAAUGCUGCUGUAAAUUCAUUGCAUUUUGUGCCCAAGGGGUGAGUUAGUGCUGCAUAAUAGCCCUUAAUUAUGGGAAGGAUCCCUAGAUCUGUGGAGAUCUGAAUUUUCAGCCAUCACAAGAACUCUGGAAUUCUGGAAUAUGGCUGUAGACCAGGGACAGGCAUAGGCAAACUCGGCCCUCCAGAUGUUUCGGGACUACAACUCCCAUCAUCCCUGACCACUGGUCCUGUUAGCUAGGGAUGAUGGGAGUUGUAGUCCCAAAACAUCUGGAGGGCCGAGUUUGCCUAUUCCUGACCAGGGAUGUGGAAGAAGUCAUGGCUCUCUUAAAGUUAGUGAAUUCUAACUCCCAUCAGGCCCAGCCAGCAUGGCCAAUUGCUAGGGAUGAUAGGCACUGCAGUAUCCAGAGGACCGCCAGUUCCCCACCCCUGAUUGCCAGGCUUUAUAACCUUUAGUGUAUAUGUGCAUAUCUUACUGGGAAGUACACCUGAAACAUAGCUAUGCAUCAUUACCUGUUCUUGCAGCCCCCUUCUACAGCUGCUACAACAUGGCUGUUUCCUUUGACAUUAAGGUAAUGAAGAAACCCCAGGGCAUGUGGGAGGAAGUGACAGAAGAUGGAAGAGAUGCCUAGUAGCUUCUUCAAACAUGGCCUAUGGUCUUCCAUGAUACUCAGCAGGGCACAGGGCCGUCUUUACCUGGGGGUGCAAUGGGUGCAGGGCACCCGAGUGCCAAAUUCUGGGGGGCUCCAGGCGCCCGCCGCUGAAAUUGCCUAAGCUCUUAACCUGUUAUGAAAUAAUAAAUAAUUUUGAUCAAGCUAGAAAAAAUACAUAUAUGCCUAGGUAUUACCGAAAUGUAUACCUACUGUUUCACUAAAGGACUUUCGACUUUGUGUGCUCAUUUACCCAAGACGCGCUGCGCCAGUGGCGGCGCUUGUCGUUCACAGCGGCGCCGUGCAUGCGAAAUUAACUUUUACAUCAAAAUAUUAUGUAAUGUAUUGUAUUGAGCUGCUAUGCGGCAGCGGGGUCAGCGGCACCUUUGACAAGACUGAUGUUUCUCCUAAGCAGGUGCCUAAACAAUACUUAUAAGUUUAAGUGUGGUGGUGUUGUAUACUUAUGUAUAAGUGUAUUGUAAAUAAAUGAGCAAAUAAAAAAGUUUGUUUCUUUUUCCUCCCUUCUUUCGUAAACAAGAGAUAAGGCGUAAGCGUGGUGUCUGACAUAAGCAUAAUGAAAGUUAAUUUGGGGGCUAAACUAAAUUUGGGGGCUAAACUAAAUUUGGGGGUGCUGGUCGGAUCUUUGCAUAUGCUGAAGACAGCGCUGGCAGAGUAGCUGGUAGCUGUAUUGCAGUUGUUCUGGUGCCUCCACAAUGUACAGGAAGAAGUGGGCUGGAGACCACAUUUAGGCUUUAUCAUAAGAUAUGGAAUAAGCUGGAGAGAGAGAGAGAGAGAGAGAGAGAGAGAGAGAGAGAGAUGCUUAUUAUCAUUGACCUCAGAAUUGUGUGAAUAUCCUAGCAGGUUUUCUCAACUCCUGGAUAGAAUACGACAAUUUUGAUGAAUAAGUCUACUUGUUUUACUUUUUCUUGGGUCUGCUAUUACAAUUUCUAGCUCAUUUAAUUAAAGAGGCUCAUUUCUUGAAUACUGUUUUUGUUGCUCUGCUUCUGCACACUAGUCUAGGGCACACAUUUUCUCCUUCCUUGGACAAUUCCCUCUGUUGGAGAGGAAAUGUAUUUGGAAAACCCAUUUAUAAGGCACAAAUAGCUUGAUAAUUUCUGUGAUUUUUUUAGUUUUUUGUGGUGAAAAUAACAUGAAGAAUUACACAGAUUUAUUUCCUUGUAAUAAAAGCAGAGUCUGGCAUGCAGUUAUGAAAGGACCAAUUUAUUAAUUUCAACUACAAAAUCUGGAAACCUCGUACAGGGCUGAAAGACUGAGGAAAACAUUGUCUAUGCAACAUUAAUUUGAACCGAACAUUUAACUUCAAAGUGAAACAAAAAUUUAAAUUAAUGUUUGAUAUUCAUCAUGCAAAUGGCUAUAACAUCUGUACAGAAAUGCACAUUCUUCACUUUGAUGGCCAGAAGUUUAUUUACUUUAGUAACACUGUAAUCUUUUGCUGAAAGAAAUUCACCACUCAAUGUAGAUACUCCUGUGUAAGAAAACAAUUGUAUUAUUUUCUGUCCUUGAAACUUAGUGUCAUAGAAUAAACUGAUGCAUAGAUUAAAAUGUUGCACUAUACUUUUAACUUUAAAGAGGUAAGAAAUUGAACUAAUCGGCAUUUCAUAAACAGCCGAUUGAAGGAAAAGAGGUACUUCUAUGGAAAUCCGGCUUGCUUUGUGGGGAAAUAUUUAAGAGAACAAAGAGUAGUUGCUGGCAAGCAGGAAUCAUGCUAAUAUUCUCUAAUUAUUAUUAUUAUUAUUAUUAUUAUUAUUAUUAUUAUUUAUUAUUUUAUUUAUACUGGGCUGAGGCCGUUUAGGGUUUUAAAGGUCAGCAGCAACACUUUCAAUUGUGCUUGGAAACGUACUGGGAGCCAGUGUAGGUGUUUCAGGACUGGUGUUAUGUGGUCUCGGCGGCCACUCCCAGUCACCAGUCUAGCUGCCACACUCUGAUUAAUUGUAGUUUACGGGUCACUUUCAAAAGGAAUGUGUCUCAUAUAUAUUGUACAUAUGAUGUUAUUAAUGCUUUAUUAUUUAUUCCAGUAACAUCUUCUGUCCAGUAUUCUGCAACUUAUAUAGGUUGGCUUCAUAUGUGCAGUUUCGGUUUCCUUGUGAGUGAUGAGAGAGAUAUCUUUCUUUAGUAGCAUUAUUUAUCUCAAGUAAUGUGCUCCAGCUUCCAGAGCCAUUGUACAGCAGGGAGCGCAUUGCUUCCAAGAGACCACAGUGGAGAAACAAGUGGUGCUGUUCUUACAGUGGAGUCCUGUGUUUGUUUACUUGGAUGUAUGUCAUAUUGUGCCAGACUAUGAAAGAAAAUGUUUAUUUAGUUUUUGAUGACUGCAUCUCUACUUUGAUCAGAAUUUCACUAUGUUAAUGAUGAUAUAUGCUUCUUCCUUCUUUGGCGACCACUCAUAGCUGAGUAAGAUUGUCUUCCACGAACACGGUCUUAACGGUAUGUCCGUAGGUGACUGUGGAGGCCAAUUCUGGAUCCACACGUCCUUCCACAGUGGGGAUAUAGGUUGCCGGGCAGGAGUUGAUCAUGGGGAGGGUUUGCCAAAUGUGCCUUUCUCUUAGCUUGUUUCUCUCUUUCGUCCUGAGUUCGAGUGUCUUCAAAGUCCAUGACACCUUUGGUAAAGGCUGUUCUCCAGUUGGAGCUCUCGCAGGCCAGUGUUUCCCAGUUGUCUGUGUUUAUACUACAUUUUUUUUAGAUUUGUCUUGAGACUUUAAACUUCUUUUGUUGGUCACCAGCAUUAAGCUUUCCAUUUCUAAGUUCAGAAUCGAUUAGUUGCUUUGGAAGACAAUAAUCUGGAAUCCAAACAACAUGACCAGUCCAACAAAGUUGAUGUUGAAGAACCAUUGCUUCAACACUGGUGAUCUUUGCUUCUUCCAGUACACUGGUAUUAGUUCACCUGUCUUCCCAAAUGAAGUUGUUGUGUAAGUUCAAUUCCUCCCACUUUACAGACUUUCGCAGGUAUCCCAUCAGGUCCACUGGCUUUGUUGUUUUUCAUUUGGUUAAUAGCUGUACACAGCUCUCCCAGAUUUGGAGAUACUGCAAGCUCAUCUCUAAUUUGUUUUUGUGGAAUUUGUGAGAGGACCUUGGCAGCUACGGGGCAGUUGCGGUUAAGGAGAUGCUGGUAAUGUUCCUUCCAGUUCAAUGCAAUAGCUUCUUUAUCUUUUUAGAAGUGUAGUACCAUCUGUUGAGUGUAGGGGGCAUAUGCCAUGAUUUAUUGGCCCAUAGAUGGUCUUUGUGGCUUUAAAGAAACUCUGUGCAUCAUGAGUGUCGGCUAACUACUGAAUCUCUUGAACUUUUUUUUUUUUUAAAUCCACCAGGUGUUCUUUAGUUCUCUGGUUCUUCUUUGAACCUCAGACUUAGCGUUGGCAUAGGUUUUUGUCUUAGUGGUGCAGUUUCUAUUUCUUUGCCAGAUCUGAAAGGCCUUCCUUUUCUUGUCAGUAAUGCAUUCAAUCUCACUGUUGAAUCUCAUCAAAUCAGUUCUAGUGUUUCUUGGUUUGGUAUCCAUUAGUUUGUUCACAGGCUGCAGUAAUGGAUGUUUAUAGCUUGGUCCAGUGUUCCUUGAUGUUAUCAGGGAACUCCAAAAGCAGGUGGUCCUUACGAGUCAUUUGGAGGCAAUCCUGCUUAAUAGAAUUUGAAGGGCUUGAGUGUUCAUUUUGCGCCUUGGUUUCCUCCCUUGAAGCCUGCGUUGAGGUAUAAUCUUGAUAGCCACUGUGGUACGUAUUAAUUGGUGAUCUGUCCAGCAGUCGUUGGCACUCGUCAUAGCUCUGGUAAGGAGCACAUUAUGGCAAUCUUCAGCUCAAUUACACAGUCUAAGAGGUGCCAGUGGUUUGACCGAGGGUUCUUCCAUGAUAUAUGCAGAAAUAUGCUCAAAUGGGUUCAUUGGGACUUACUGCAAAGUAAGUGUCCAUAGGACUGCAUUUUUGUUGUGGCAUAAAUGCUUUUGAACUGGAGUCCACUUGGAGUUAACCUACAUACAGGUGCAAAGGCCAGGAACUAUACAGCAUUGAAAUAGGCUUGUGGUAUUUCUGUGCAGAGUGUAUUUUUAUGCAAGAUAAGAACAGAGUGACCCAUCCACAACAGCAGUGCUUGGGACUGUUUCCAUAAUAUUGUUGUGAAUAGAUCACUCUGUUCUUAACUUGUAGAUGUUUGGGCUCUACAUAGAAAUAUGACAUAUCUCUUGUUAUCCUUUGCAUUUUUCUGUACCUGAAACCUUUUGUCUGAAUCCCAGACAUGACUACUUAGCCCUAUUGUGUCCAGCGAGGCUUACUCUCAGACACAUUGAUCACACUGGCUACAACCUUCCUGCUUCACAAUGGGUGCUUUUUUAUACUCUCUUGUGUGACUGCAAAAUUAAUCUCCAGACCUUUUUAUGAAAAAGCAGCAUCUUGUUCUGAGAUCUGAGAUCUCAGGGUGGAAUACAUGGAGAAAAUUAACAAUAUAAUAUCCCAACCAUCUCUUUAUUGUUAAAACUAAUAAUGUCAGUUCUGGGAUGCAGAUGGGGAUCUACCUUUAAACAAAAAUGUGGCAUGGAUUGAUAGGUUUCUUGAGGUCCCCAGUCCUUUCAUGUAUUUUUAGACAAUAGGGAUGUGUGGCAUAAGGUGUGGAAAUUUGAAUCUUCAAGGCCUGUUUUGAUUCUCGCAUCUGGACAGGCUUGCAAGGUGUUUUGAAGGCCUUCUGUGAGAACUUUGCCUUGCUGGUGUUUGGAAAUCAGGCAUUUCCCCUGAAACAGAUUGUCUUGAUGGCUCCUCACCCUCUCCCCUGCGGAGAUGUGGACUGUGUGUUACCUCUUCAGUAGUUUUAUAGAGGGGAUCCUACUGAGUGCACCUGGCAUUUAUGGACAAUUACAUCAGGGGCAUGUGCAAACCUUUUGGUAUGCUUGAGUUUUUCAAGGGAUGGAAAUGCAUCACUCCUUUUUUGUUCGUAGAGGAGCUUGUGCCUAAGAAAUGAAACCGUUUCCCAUAGUGGAAACAAGUGUGAAAAAGAACUGAAGCCCAAGAAGAGAAUCUUGAAAGAUGGGCACCAACUUUGUGAGCAUGUGAACAAAGACAAAAGUUUAGAAGAUGGUUACAUGGGGCUGGCAUGGAGAUGCUCAAGAGAUGGUACUGGGGCCAGGCCACUUAGUUCCUUCUGAGUCCCUUGUAGGACAGAGUUCUCUAGGGUGAAGGCUUAUAAAGGAGAAACUUGAACACUAACAAAUCACAAUUUCCUUUGGAGCCCUUGCAAGUGGGUACAGAGUAAGUAAACUGAGGUUGUGAGCAAAAUACAAAAAUUGAGAACACCAAAAACUGAACCGAACAUCAGUUCUAAUUGGAGAUUCCUCUAAAAGUGUGUGUGUGUGUGUGUGUGUGUGUGUGUGGUUGUAAUUGGGGGUGGGGAGCACUGGUCUCUGGUGCAUCUUUUGCCUUUUAAGGAUACCUAUUUAUCUUUACCUAUGAUCCGCUUCCUUAUUUGUAAAUAAUACAAACAUUACAAAGGCACUAGAGCUCUGCAGCUGGACUUCUGGAUUCUGCACACAGGUCUGAUCCUGUCUCACCUUGUAUGUUGUUUCUUUAUAUUGGAAAACCUUAUUUAAUGAGUAAAGGAAGUGAAGAUAAUGGACGCUGAUGGGUGAAAUCUAAAGACCUUUUAGUAACUGUGAUGUGUUUAACUGUGGUUUGAAUUAAACAGUCUUCUUCCAGCUGCUGAUAUUCACAACAUUUCUGACAGUUAACUAUACAUCACACAUUCUCAUGUCUAUUUAAUCUAAACAUUACUGUUUUAAGGAGAGUCCAGAACUAAACCACAGUGUCGGAAGCAAAGUAACAAUCUAGCACCUCCGCCCUUAACACAUUUAUUUGCAAGCAAUUCACACUGAUUUCAUUGGAAUCCAUUUCCAGGUAAUUAUGCUCAGAAUGUCAGCCUACUAUGGCUGGACUUCAGUUCUAUGCUCAGUAUAACCUGAUUCUCAUUCAGGUAGUAAACCUAUUCAUGGGGUCUCCCACUUGAGGCAGCAGGUGGGGACUCAUAUAGCCAAAUGCUGCUGCAUAAAAACUUACCUCGAUGGUCAGGAGCCCUUUCAGCCAGAAACCUUUGAGCUGAAAGACCUAGGGACAGUUCACUUUGAGCCAGAUUCUCCUGGUGCAAUGCCAAGGGUCUCAUUUUCUCUAGUGCUUGCUUGCCAGCAUAUGAAAUGCACCAGGCAGGAGUUGAAAGAGGGGUUUUGAGUCCUCUUCUAAAGCUCUUCAGUCUUCAGGAAGGGGGCAGAGCCUGGGAGGGGGUAGUCAGGUCCCUUGAAGCUAAGAACAUGUUGGAACUAGUCAUGUGCUCUGUGUGAUCUGUCCAGAGUACUGAAGGACUCGCUGCAGAUUUUCCUUUCCUUUCAGUUUAAGGAUUAUUAAUCUCGACAUGUAGACCCUGGCUGUUUUUUUGCCUGCUUUUCAUUUCUGCUCCAGACGGUUCUGUUGGACUGCUUCCUGCCAACUCUUCCCAGUCUUGGCAGGCUAGGACACUCCUUAACAUCCAGCAUUUUUGUUUUCUGAGAAUCAUGUAAACCCUCACCCUGACUGUAGUCAGAAGUAGUCCAGCAGACACAUAGGUUUACUACUACAGUGAGAGCUAAAUUUUACUAAGGAAAAGUCUAGAGACAGUUUUAUAAAUGAUGGUGUUUUAAAUUAUUCCAGGUGAAUAAAGCUAGAUGUGAUUUUGAGGAUCCUUGUUUCACAGCUCUUUAAAUUUAUUUUAAAAGUAGCCCUCGAAGCAACACCAUGGCACCAGGUGUUUUUUUUUCCCCUAUCCCAUUUUCCUGAUCUGAAUUUGGCCCAGUACAUUGUGGAAAACAGUACAGGAGAAAAUACUUUUGACUCUGCCCUUAGCAGCAUUGCCCUGCUGAUCCGGAGGGGAGGAUGUGGACCAACAGAUUCACAUUACAAGGAAGGGGAUUCCUGCUAAACACUGGGAAGAACUUUCUGGUGGCAAGAGCCAUUUGACAGUGGAGCAGACUCCCUCAGAAGGUGACGCUCUCCUUUUUUAAGCAGUGGUUGCAUAGCCAUCUGUCAGGGAUUCUGUCACUGUGAUUUCUCCAUUCCAGGGAGUUGGACUCGGUGACCCUUGGUGUACCUUGCAACUCUACAAUUCUAUAACUUUGGGGAUCCCAUGACAACUUCUUAAAGAAAGUUUAAAAGAAAGAAAAAUCCACUUAUGGGUUUCUAGCGUCUCAUACAGUUGGUCCUGAGUUUCUAAUCUGAGAUCCACCAUCAAAUUAAUUAAGAUUCAGAAGACCAUAUGGAAACUCACAGUUUAAAUAUCCAAAGUUUUGUGAGGGGAUUAGAAAGCAAGCACAUUUCUAGAUGAUAUAGAAGCAUAUUUCUAUCACAUUCGUACACUGCUUAAGUGUCCUUGUCUUUUUGUGUGUCAGCAGUUUGGGAUUAAUUUUGCAUUGGCUUCAGAAGCCAUACAGUAGCCAAAGAAAAGCCUAUGACAUGAUACUUCUAACCUUUGAUUACAUGGCUUCUGCUCUCCUGGAUUUCUGAGCAAGCGUGCGAGUGCUAACUUCCUCUUUCAUUAUUGCAAAUAAUUGCAUCAUUCUGUUUAUCGCACAGGUGCUAUGCAGCAGCUACUGCAUGGCUCCCAGGUUGUCUGAUUCCACCAUUUGUAUGAUCUUUUUCUGUGCAUGGAUCAAUGAGGCAGUCUUGGCACUGUUUUAGGCUGUAAUCCUAAUCCCAUUUACCUGGGAAUAAAUCUCAUUGAAUUCAAUUGGAUUUACUUCUAAGUAGAUAUGGUUUGGAUUCUACUCUUAGUUGUCACAUUUUAUUGGCAGUUGGAAUUUACAGUUAUUAUAUUUUGUGUUGUAGCCCAGCCUGGGAUCGUGAACUGAUGAAGGGUAAGACAGAAAGGGAAGCAAUGAAAACAAUAAUUUAUACUUAAUUGGACCCAGGACAUCUUCCCUAUAUUUCAGUUAUCCUACCAGUUUUACCACCAUCACAAAUAAACUCCCUGAAUCGAAAAGCUACCAAGGGUGGAAGUUUCCUUGUGAAAGAGAUAAAGGCCAAUGAAAACUGGCUCAGGUUGGUCUGAUUUCCUGCUGUAUUUCAAUUCUUGCUCCCCUGCACUAAAUUCAUCAACCUCCUUUCCUAGCGACAAUAGCUCAUUAGAUUAGUUGAGUAUUCAUGGAGAUUUUCAUCUCCUGAGUCAUACAACUCUUUUAUUCCCUAAAGAAUUUCUUGUGUAAGAAAGGAAUUUCAUGUCUUUGUAGUUUUAGCUGGGUUUGUUGAAGCAGUUUCUGAAGUUUUCUUGUAAUACCUGGGGAGCCAGGUCACAGAUUUACUCCCGUUUCUCAAGAAAAUUGAUCCCUUUUGGUGCCUCUCCCAUGGUGGUUUUAUUCAGAUAUUUUCUUAAUCUUUUUAACCUCUUCCUUUCAAUAACAUCUUCACUUGGCUGCUUAGCGUGUUUCCCAGAAGCUAGAUGUGCAUAUUUUAGUUUAAUUCUUUGAAUGAACCAAAGUCAUUUACUAUUAGUAUGUGGCUUCCAGGCUUGUCCCAUCAGGUUUCCAUCACUCACUUGUUAUAUAAGAGAAAGCUAAAGUUACAACUAUAUUGGCCCAUUUAGCAAUUGGUGAAGAAUGCUUUUAUGCCCAUUAUGCACACUCUUUUUCUCUUUCAUGACAUUUUUCAGGGAGGGGGGAAGCAGAUAAAAUUCAGAUAGGUCGGAAUACCAGAAUUUUAGUGUGUUUUUCUUUGCAAGGCUGAGUGAUUUGAGGAUGAUACAUCUUGACAUGUGAGUUCCGGAAAUGUAUGGAGUGAUUGUAAUGUGAGCAAGGCUGGCUUAUGCAAGGAAUUUUUCAUGGAUGUAUAUCUCCGGUUGUAUAAGGUGACUGCACUUAGCUGUUAUUACUUAUCAGUUGUGUGAUAUAUUUGAACAUCCUUGAGUUUGAGAUGAUCAUGCUACAGGUAACAAUAUUUCCAGAUGUACUUUUAACCCUCUGUUGAAAGUGCCGAUAGAAAAAUUUACUGUAUCAAUCUGGUUUGGGGCUCAAAUAUACCCCAAGAAAGCCAUAAAAAUAAAAUAACUGAGAGAAGAUAUUAAGCAUGAUACCAUAUGCAAGAAUGAUAGUAUGCCUUUGCUGAAAAAUGUUCUUUUCCAGCAAAACAAAAGGGGGAAAAUCAUUGGGUCAACUGUAUCUCACCUACAAGAACAGGGUGUGAUCCCAUGGGUUAUCAGAAACAUAUUAUACCCUUAACAUACAUAUAACAUAACAGUUACAUAACUAUAACAGUGCAAUAAUCAUGACUUGCAAAUUACUUGUAAGAAAAAUAACAAAGCUCACAGACCUUGCAACCAACCAUACUGUUCAAGUUACUAACACACAAUUACCACACUUCACACCUGCAUGAGUAGGAGAUACAAAAUGGGUUGUAUGAAGCAUGUCGUUGCAGCCAUUUUCUGUCACAGAGAUGAUAUCCUGACUGAUGGUAUACUGGUGAUCAGUUGUUUUAUUCUGUUCAGAAGCCUGGAGGCCACUAAUACAUAACCCAGUGCAAAUGCUGGCAGUCAGCUGAUUGUCCAGGCUUGCAGAGCGCUAUAUAUCAUUGUGAUGUCAGGUGACUGACAGUUGUGUGGCCCGCCCACCUGUCAAACCUGACCUGUUUGGGAGAUAAGGAUCCCUUCUGCCGGCCAGCUAGACCCACUUUCACACCCCUGUUUCACACAGAUCAUUUUGUGCAAAGUAAAAGGUAGCCUUUCCCCCUACUCCCAUUCCAAUACUUGGAUGAAAGGCUGCUUUUUACUCUUAAAGAGCAGGCAGACUGUGUUAUCUCUGAUCUUGAAAUGUCUCUCCUACUGGUUUUUGUUUUUUUACAAGCAAAGGAAUUUUAUCUCCUGAUCAAAUUAGGAGAUAAAGCUGUAGGUGCUGGCAGGCCACUUCCUGCAGCUUGCUGGGCCAGAUCCAGCUGCCCCUGGACUGAAACCUUCCAUGUUGUACAUACUUGCAUUCUCAGUAGAUAUUUGCAGGAAAAAUCUAAGUCAUCUGGGGCCAGAGAGCUUUAGGGAACAACUUCUCCCAUGUAAAUCCUUCAUACAAUAAGAUCAUUUCACGGGGCCCUAAUUCAUCAGAGGUUUGGGGCUGGUGUAUACAUACAUGUGGGACACGGGUGGCGCUGUGGGUUAAACCGCAGAGUCUAGGACUUACCUAUUAGAAGGUCGGCGGUUUGUAUCCCCAUGACAGGGUGAGCUCCCAUUUCUCAGUCCCUGCUCCUGCCAAACUAGCAGUUCGAAAGCACGUCAAAGUGCAAGUAGAUAAAUAGGUACCGCUCUGGCGGGAAGGUAAAUGGUGUUUCCAUGCUUCUCUGGUUCGCCAGAAGUGGCUUAGUCAUGCUGGCCACAUGACCCAGAAGCUGUACGCCGGCUCCCUCGGCCAAUAAAGCGAGGUGAGCGUCGCAACUCCAGAGUCGGCCACAACUGGACCUAGUGGUCAGGGGUCCCUUUACCUUUAUACAUACAUGCAGCAAAAUAUAGUGGUGCACGCUGCAAGGUGAUUCAUCGGGCUGCGUUGUUUCAGAUGGCAGAUAGAAGUUCACAUUUCUUUUUAGAGCUCCUCUAUAUUAAAGAAUCCCCUCAAGUAGAAAGCUAGCAUGGCAAUCAAAAUAUUAGGCUAUAAUCUUUCUCCCUCAUGAGCUAUUCUUCAAUUGUAGGGAGUUUCCUAUGUGGAACAGCAUCAAGGGGUGUAUCUGCCGCCUUGGUACAUGCCAUUCUUCCACUGCAAAUCUAGACUUAGCCACAGGUAGUGGUAAUAAGGAUCAGAGUAUCCUUGUGGUGGCUGCUUCAUCCCUGAGCAAGUCCCUCUGAAAAAAGAAAACAGUGAAAGCUGUGUUGUUUGGGGUGGCUUACUAUAUCAUGAGCACUGUAUUUUGUGCAUGCGGCUGCUACACAUUCUAUUUGUUUUUGAUCGAUACUGCCUAUCUUUUAUGUGUAUAUGUGUGCGUAUUUAAACAGUUAUUUUAUACGGCUUUGAUGGAUCUGCUUUCAGAACAAAAGGAAGGUUAAAUGUGUUGGGUUUUUUUAAAAAAAUCCAUAUGGAAUUUUCAUUCUCCUGUUUACACUUUUUUACAGAUUCCUCUUUGAGUAGCCUCUUAUAAGAGACUAAUGUUACUUGAAUCAGAUACAAACUGAAAUGUUUGAAUCUGGGAAUGGCAUUACAUACAAGUCUAGUGUUAAUUUCUUAUUUUUCAUGGUUAAUGUUAAAAAAAAUCAGCUGAACUAAAAGCAGUUUAAACAACUUCAGUUGCAACAGAAUGUUCCGUUUCUUGAAGCUGCAGUUUAGUGGUGAUCUAUCUUUAAAAACCUACAUUGCCCUGGAUAAAUUGAUUUUCUUUCCCUAUCAGCAGGUGGAGACAGGAACAUAGACAAUGAACAUCAGUCUUUUUAUAGCAUGCUUGCUAGCUUUCGUUUAAAAAUGUAGGCAGUUGCCACCAGAUGGAAGCAGCUCCAUGCUCGCUAUUUUGAGAUUUUUCUAAAGCUUCCAGAUUAUGCUACAUAAAUUGCUCCUUUACCUAAAUUCUGCUAAGCCCUUCAUGUGAAUACAAGUUGUUUAUUUGAACAGGUCCAUCAUGGGAAUGAGUAACUAGCAUUGUAUGUGAUAACUCACUUUUGGAAUCCCUUCUCUGAUGUGAUACUGGGGCCAUUAGUACAUAACUCUGUAGAAACUAUUCUGUACAUUUUCAUUUUCUUCACUCCUUCAGGGUAAGAACAGAAAAAUGGAUAAGAUUUUAAAAAGCUUCAUGAUGUUUCAUGUUUGACAACGGAAAGGAAACUGGGGAAAGAAAUGUUCCUCCUUGCUUUGACCUCUAGAAGUAAUCCAACUGCCAUAGAUAAAGUUAUAGAAUCUUCUUGAAUAAUUAGUGCAGAAAAUUUAUCCAUUAUUUUUUACACUAUUAUCAUGUGAGGUGGCCUUUUCUUAGUCCCCUCAUGAUAGCCAUCUUCUGUAUUGCAAGUAGCAAUGACUCAUUUUCUUAAUUUCUAAUUAAUGUGGUUGACUUCCAUAAUCAGUCUUGACUACAGAUGUCAUCAUCUACUAUUCUCCCUUGUUAAUUUUUGGCAACCACAUUUGCUGAACUGUUAAACAAAAACAGACAACGCUAGGGUUGCCAUAUGACAGGAAUUUCCUGGACAUAGCCGGGAUUUGGUCGUCGGAAACAGUGUCCAGGCGGAAGUCACUUAAAUGUCUGGGAAAAUACAGGCGCAUGGCCAUUUUAACCUUUUGAAAUACAGUGGUACCUCGGGUUAAGAACUUAAUUCGUUCUGGGUGUCCGUUCUUAACAUGAAACUGUUCUUAACCUGAAGCACCACUUUAGUUAAUGGCGCCUCCCGCUGCCACUGCGCUGCCGCCGUGCUAUUUCUGUUCUCAUCCUGAAGCAAAGUUCUUAACCCGAGGUACUAUUUCUGGGUUAGCGGAGUCUGUAACCUGAAGCGUCUGUAACCCGAGGUACCACUGUAUGGCAACACUUAAUUGUUGGUUAAUUGUUAUUAAGGGUGUUGGUGGUGGUAUGAUUAGCAGGCAACAUUGUCCAUAGUAUAGACACUCACUACUUUUGUUUCUUUAUCAUCUCUCAUCACCACACUUAAGAAUUCGUUGGGGUAACUGUUCUUGCUCAGUUUGCAUGUUUCUGUCUCUGAUGCUUAGAAUUCAAUUUGAGGUUGCAAAGGUGUGCACAUGUGCUUGAAAUGAUUCCCAUGGAACUCACUGGGACUGCCUUCUGAUUACAGUGGUACCUCGGGUUACAUACGCUCCAGGUUACAGGCUCCGCUAACCCAGAAAUAGUACCUCGGGUUAAGAACUUUGCUUCAGGAUGAGAACAGAAAUCGUGCUCCGGCGGUGCGGCAGCAGCAGGGGGCCCUAUUAGCUAAAGUGGUGCUUCAGGUUAAGAACAGUUUCAGGUUAAGAAUGGACCUCUGAAACAAAUUAAGUACUUAACCCGAGGUACCACUGAAAAUAUGUCCUAGGACCCAACUAACACAGAGUAUACCCCAAACUCAGCCCCUUCCCCCUUCCCCCUAGCUACCACCAGACAAGGAGUCAAAUAUUUCCACAAGGCUUCUCCUUAUCAAUCGGUUUCCAAAUAUCCCUGUGAUUUCUCUAAGUAGCAAGUUCUAUAGCUUCUACAUGUUAUAUAUUCCUUAGUGCAAAGAGAAAAGUAGCUGCUUCUUUAAAAUUGCACAGGGUUCUCUGGGACAAAAGGCACUGGAAAUCAUGAUUGUCUCUGCUAAAUUAGCGGACAGUUGGAGAGUAAAGAACAAAGCAUUUGAGAAGCUAUAUUUUUUGAGUUAGAUGGGUUUCAAGUGAUGAUUCCAUGUAUUCUAAAUGCUUUACCUUUGAAUCAGUAUGGCUAAGAAGUGCUUGACUUUGGCUACUGCAUACACCUAGUGGCUGUGCAGUGUGGUGGCAACAUGCAAAAGAAUCUAAGGUUGCAUUUAUGUGAAUGAGAAAUUUACUUACAAAAUUAGGUUUGUCAUUGAUUUGAUUUAAAUGAUAGGAUUUCAUUUUUCACAUGUGUUGUGUUGAUAGGGUAGUGUAGACUAAGACUUAAAUAUCUGCAGAGGUUCCUAUAGAUGGUGUUUUAAUAUGGACAAUAUUAACUAUAGAAGCUGCAGUAGUUUUAUAGCAUCCUGGAGCUAGUGAGUAAUUCAUAAAAAAAUAAUAAACAUGGGCAGCGUGACAGGUUUUGUUUUGUUUUUCAGUUGAAGUGCUUUUUGGGAUAGUAACAAAAAUAUUAUUCAACACUGAAUGUUUUUGGAUUGAGGUUAUCAGGUCACCAGUAAAUUUUUAAAAACUAUUUCAUACAUUUUUAAAUGGCACUUCAAAAUUACAGCUUAGGGUUAUACUUCUACACAGUGUCAUUGGGAUCCUUUGAUAUUUAUGAUCUACAACUGACUUACAUUUUAAGUUCUAUUUUCAAAAAUCUUCCCUGUGAUUUAAAGUAACACAAGAGAUCAAACAGAAGUGGACGAAGCGAAUAUAAUGCUUUCGCUGAAAUGAAGCGGGUUCACCCUAAGCUGUAAAGUAUGUAAUUAAUGGUAGAAACUUCACUGGCAAGAUAGAGUGGUACCUCAGGUUAAGUACUUAAUUUGUUCUGGAGGUCUGUUCUUAACCUGAAACUGUUCUUAACCUGAAGCACCACUUUAGCUAAUGGGGCCUCCUGCUGCCUCUGCGCCGCCGGAGCACGAUUUCUGUUCUCACCCUGAAGCAAAGUUUUUAACCCGAGGUAAUAUUUCUGGGUUAGCGGAGUCUGUAACCUGAAGCGUAUGUAACCUGAAGCGUAUGUAACCUGAGGUACCACUGUAGUCAAGAAAAACCCAUCUCAUUCAUAGAACGUCUGGAAAUGUUGAUGCCACAAGGCCCGUUUUGCAUGUUACAUUAUUGUAAAAUAAUAACAGGAUUAGUGCAUUUGUAUAAUAAAUAGAAGUUAAUAUAUUGGGGUGAACAUAAUUUUACUGUCACCAAUUCUGAUACAUUUUGAAGACUGGCAGAUGCUGGUAGAGUUUAUUAAAUAUAUUAUAAUUGUGUGGUAUUGUAUGUAUUGAUGUGUUUAAUCUCUGAGAAGAAUCAGAGUAUAUUUUCAUUCCCCAAGAGUGUCUAAAUUGCUCUUGUCAAUCUCACUUUUCUGAGCAAACCACAUGUAAAAUCUUGCAUUUUUAAGUCCCUUUUAAAACAAGUGUUAUCCUACUGAGAACUGAGCCAAAGAAAUGAAUCCUGACAAACUAUUUUUGUUAGAUCUCUUAGCACAUUCAUCAGAAAGGGAAGUGAAGAAAGAAAUAUAAUCCCUACAGUUUUUAUUUCCUUAUUAUUGAAAGGAGAGAGAAAGAGAAAGAGAGAAAUGGGAUUUCCUCAUAAAGUUUGAGAUUCAGAAAUGUAGCUAAAAUUUAUGCAGGUUGCCCCCACUCCCCACAAGUACAAUUCCCAAUUUUACCUCCUUGUGCUGCUUCCAGUGUUGUCAAUUCAUCUCCAGACAUAAACUACCUUCAUGUUCUUAGUCUGAAACCUCUCAAGGCGAUUGCUUUGCAGCAUAUUUUCCAGUGGUAGCCAUUGACAGUGCUGUUGCUGGAGAGAUUAAGAACCUUGUUAGAUCAGAGCAAAGGCGUCUCUAGCCCACCAUCCUAUUUCCUGCAGUGAUCAACCAAAUACCUUUGAGGAGCCAGCAAAGAGGACAGGGACUGAUGGAUCACCUUUUUCUGUUUGAUGCCAGACAGUUCCAUCCCAUUUUGUUGCCGUGGUUUUUUAAAAAGCUAUACAAAAAGUAAUGAAGGUCUUUGAGGAUCCCAUGGAGGAGGCAACAGUUAUGUUCUCUCACUUGUGUUAGGUCAUAUUCACUUAAUGACUUGUUCCACUUAUCCAGCCGUUUCUUCAGCAAACCAUGAGUCAUCUCACAGAUGAGCAGGCAAGCAAGCCAUGGUUUGUUUCUCCCAAAGCUUAUUUUGUUUUCUAGCUACUCUUGACUUGUGUUUUUGUAGCCUGACAAACAGUUGUGGCCAGGUGGUAAAACAAACCAUUGUUAAGCAAGGCUGUUGGGUUUGGACAUAACGCCAAACCGUAGUUUUUAAAAAAGCUGUGGUUCAUAAGACAACAACAAACAUCGUGGUUUGUUGCCAUAAAACAAACAUUGAUUAACCUGCUGGACUGCUGGACUGACUUUGCAUAUUAGUGCCUUCCUCACUAAAUGUACUGGAAAGUAGAUUCACAGUGAGACAGAUUACAUUUAUAUGGUCAAUAUGGAUUCACUAUUCUAUAUUUCCAAGCUAUAAUGCAGUCCAUGCCUUGAAAGAGCAGUUGCCUUACUGACAAAGAAACUGAAUAAGAAAUAGAAAAUGAAAUAAUUUUUUUUUUGCAGUGGAGUAUUUUCUGAUAGGUCAGUACAAUUUUCCAGCUGAUUUCAUGUUCAUAAUGUGGAUGGGGUAAUAUAUAUUUUCUUUAUGCCUUUGCAGGGGAGAAAAGUAAGAGGCUGCAAGUAAGGGGGAUGAGCAAUUGAUUAUCAGUAUCAGAACUGGAAAGAAACUCAUCCAUCUUCUAGUUCUUUUGAACAAUAUAACUUUUCCCAUAAGACAGAGAUUGCUCCAGUCUUUUCAUUUCAGCCUUUGAAGUUUGCCUCUUGUUGUGUGGUGAAGGAUGUUCUCUUUGAGGAUUUCUUCAGCACUGAACUAGUCUUCCUCCCCAAAUGAUAAAGGCAUUCUUCUUCCAAAGUGCUGUUGUCAGUUUAUAGCAAUAAAGUACUGGUCCAAACCAGAAGCAAUUAUUAGGGAUACUUUAUCCUCCUGGAAGAUGUGAAUGUUUGUGGAAGAUUAUGUUCUCUGGCUCCUUUCCAUUGGCUUGGCAGGAAUAGAGGAAUCGCUAGAGUUUAUGUUUCAAGAUGUUUUGUGUUGUCCAGUCAUUUUGGUCUGCAUCUUCUUCAGAGAGCCCAGAUGACCCUGCUCUUCUCAUUCUGAUGUAAUUGGUAGAUACUCUUAGGCUAUGAUCCUAAAUAAUUAGUUUUACGUAGCUGGGUAGGAAUGAGGCACAGUCUUUCCAUUAGUUUCUACACAUGGCUAUAUUGACUCCCCAGUGAGAUUUUUUGGUCUUAGAGAACUCUGCAUGGAAGUGGCUGGAAGAUAUGAAACUUAAUUUAGUGGGUUUCUUUAUUCAAGUUUUUUUUUAUGAGUCCUUUAAAAAUACACUCUUCUUUCAGUUUUUCAUCUUGUUUUAACUUGGUUUCAAUUACAUCUGAAACAGAUUGUAUUCAACCUAUGUUGAGAUCUUUUGAUGACUUUUGCACCAUUUUGCUUUAAAAUAUUUUAAAAAAUUAAGCACAUCUUGCAAAAUACUUGUCUCUGAAAGCAGCCCCCCCCCUUGUCUUUUGUAUGGCAUAAUUUCAUGAAGUCAUUAGCGGCAUGCUUUCAGGAAAUAGUGGAGACUGGAUAAGAGAUUUUGAUUAACAUUUUUCUAAUGUAAUAUGAUUGCAGGCUCUGAGUGAAUAUAUCUAUAUAUCUAUAUAUCUAUCUAUAUAUAUAUGAAUGAUUGGAUUAUAUCUUUUUUAAAAAAGGCAUCUCAUUUGCCCAAGGCCUUCUACGUCCUCAAUGGAACUCCUCUUUCCUCUCCUUGUAUGCCCCCCAGCCCCUCAAUCUUCAGAAGGAGAAACCCAGAAUCGAUUGAGGGAGCAUGGGGGGAGGAGAGAGAGAGAAAGAUCCACUGAGCAAGCAAAAGUCCUUGUGUGAAUAGGACAACCUUGCUGGAUACAACCCUAAAGGCUGAUCCACACGUCCUCUUUCCCCCUGUCUAGAAAGCACAGGUCCAAGUGGUUUUCCUCUUGUCCCGUGCUUUCUAGGCACAGGUCUGAGCAGUUUUCAGCCCUCCCCCCACUGCUUUCCCCUGGAAAAGCUGCUCUUUAGUGCUGAUUCAGAGCAAACGUCAAUCUAUGGAAAACCCAAUUGACAUUUGCUCCAAUUCAGCGGUAAAUAGUGUUCUUUUUCCUGGGGAAAGUGGGAGGACAAGCAGAAGUCUGGCUGAUCCCUCAGUCUUUGCUGCCUUGACAACAAUCAACUAGUUUAGAAAACAAGGAAGGAUUGCUGACUUCCCACUCUGCUUGGAAGUACCAGUUGGAAACUGCACUAGAUCAAUUCUUCAUCUGAUUCAUUGGACCUCGAAUGAACUUUAUAUCCUGCGACUAUUUGGAAAUAGUAGGUCUUUGCUUAGUACAACUAUGAUCUGCUCAAAUUAAAUUUGUUCUCCUCAGUGUUCUUAUUGACAAGGAGUUGCUUUUAUCGUAGGGAUGGGAAAACAGUAGCCCUUCGUGUCUUGUUGAACUCCAAUUCCCAUCAGGACCAGGCAUCAUGACCAAUAGCCAGGGAUGAUAAGAACUGUAAUCCAACAACAUCUGGAAGGCAGAAGGUCCCCAGUCCUGUUUCAAAGCAUUAAUAGCAGUAGGUGGAGAUGGUUGUAGAGAUUCUGUGAUACAAGAGCCAAGUGUUCCUACUUGGCUCUUGUAUCAGAGUACUGCUGGUCUUACACAUUUUCAUACCAGAAAGAAAAUGGCAGAAUGGUACACCUUACUAUCACCCACUGCUUUUAAAAGUGGAAGAGGUCUUUCAACAAACAAACAAACCAAGGAAAAUUAUGCCCUUCUAGAAUUUGCUUGCAACUUAUUAAUUUAGCUCCAUGAUAAAGGGACCUGUUAACUUCCUAUUUUAGGUGUACACUUUUCAAGAAAUUCAAAAUUUCUUGCAUAAAAUUGUUCUAUUGGACAAAGUGUAUUAGUACACGAUUGUAGAUUUGCACAUUUUCAGGUUGCAUAGGAUUCUGUAGGCAAAAAAGAAGAGUAUAUUUGCAAUUUGGAAGCUUGCUGCUUUACCUUGCCAGCCAACAGACGUUAUCAUCUAGAGCUUGUUAGAUCACUGACAAUCCUAUUUGUGACUGAAACUUUCAAAAUCCUAUCUGAUGCAGAACUUAUCACAGGUUGCUGCUGCUAUUGUUCAUCCUUUUGUUUUUUUCCAGGUUGGCCUUCAUUCUAUGAUGUGAUGGCUUCUGACAGAAUUACAUUCACUGAUGACUACUCCUACGGGAUGCACAGGGUUGAGACAAGCUGCAGUCAGGUCAGUUCAGACACAAAGAGGUCAUUCUCAUAUUAAAAGGUUGCCGAAACCGUAGUGUGUGUAGUUUCUUUACAGCUGAAGUUCUGCAAAAUUCUUAGUUGCCAAAAAGACUCAUUAGGGUUGCAUGAUAAGCCACAGGCAUGACAGCUGGUGGAUAAAAACGAAAGUCAAAGUGCUAAUGAGAAUCUCUAUUGUUAUCUAGUUUAAGCAUUAUUUAACAGAGCAUGUAUAAAUGACAUCAGAGGGUUGUAGCCUACAGAAAUGGUCUUCCAGGAAGGCAUCUCUUCAAAGUUCACCUCUGAACUCUGUUCUCUUAAGCCUAAAUGCAGAUAGUCUAGACGAACAUUGAAUUGACUCUAUAUCUGCAGAUUCCAUCACAGAGCAUUUGCUGAGGAUCACUAGUGACAAUGCUCAGGGUAUCUUUCCGGCCACCUCUACGUCCCAUCUGCCCAAAUAAGCAAGUGAAUAAUAAUACCAGACACUUGUCAGUUUCCCAUUAUCUUUCUCAUUCCGACUCCUUUCAUUCUUUGUCAUCACCAGCCUUCUGUGGCCUUAAUGGCUCAGUCCUAACUAACUUAUCAGGGGAGAAGGGUUGUUGACCUGGCAGUUAGUGGAGGAAACGCUUGGCUAACCUGCAGCUAGUUUCUUCCACCGAGAAUGCACCAAUUUUAAUCAGAACUUAAAGCCUGAUCUCCUGCUUUGUUUGCUUUAGACCAACUGGGAAUCUGGAAGAAAACUGGUAUAAAUAAGCUCUCUGAAUAAGCAAGGGGCCAACGUAUUGUGUGGCCACUUUCAAUUACUCUUUCCAGGAGGGUUUUUUUAGGGAAGAACUUUCAGUCUGCUGCAAAACAGUGUUCAAUAGGUUAGCGCCCAGCUAUAUCUAGAUUGAAAUGUUAUCUGAGAUCAAAGCCAUAGUUGUAUUUGUAUUCAGUGGUAUACUGCACUUAAACAGGUAAACUUUUAAUCAUAGAGUGGUACCUCAGGUUAAGUACUUAAUGUGUUCUGGAGGUCUGUUCUUAACCUGAAACUGUUCUUAACCUGAAGCACCAUAUUUCUAGGUUGACGGAGUCUGUAACCUGAAGUGUAUGUAACCCGAGGUACCACUGUAUUUGUAUUAAUGUCACUUUAUAAUCAGAUGUUUGCCUGUUUCUGGGAUUUGUAUUUUGCCUUUCACUGCAAACAAGUCCCGAGGCAGCUCACAAUAAUAUCAAGUAGUAAAUUAUACUAAAACUUUUGUUACUUUUAACAACAAAAAGCCCUUUAGUGAUAGCAUAUAUUUAUUGAAGAUCUCUGGAAUUUCUGGUGCUGGUCUGCAUUUGCUAUUUUUAUUUUAUUCUCUGUUUCUGGUUUUAUGCUAUGUUACGUUUUAUGGUUCUGUUAUAUUAUUUGCAUAUAUGGCUUGCAGCUUUUAUUGUAAGCCACCCAGAGAACUUUUUUUUUUAAUAGAGGAGGGGGGCUUGAAAUACAACAAAUAAGUAAAUAAAUAAAUACAGUAUUAAAACAACAACCAGUGAAUAAAAGCAGCAUACCAGUAUACCAGUAUGUGUAGCUUGUGUCCUCCCCAUAGUCAUUACCACACCAUACAAUGCAUCCAUUAUUCAGUCAUUUAUUCCCAUCUCCAUGAGUCUAACAAUAUGAAUCAUACAUCCAGCUGCAAAAUGCUAUUGUUUUAUUACAAAUCAGAAUUGCAUUGGGAGUUUACUUGGUUAAAGCGGAGAGCAAAAUCCUUUUAUUUUAUUUUUCCCCCUUUUAGGGGUGGGGGGCAGAAUCCAGCAGAUGAAAAAAUUAAGUACACUUCCCAUAAACAUUUUAACACCUGUUUUGCUCCUGUGUGAACAUCUUCCUUUGGAAUGUCAUUGAUUUAGGAUACAAAUAAGUGCUUUGGAAGAAAAUUGCCUUCCUAUAAAACAAAAGCAUCCUAAAUAUUGUCUGUGAAACAGCUUUCACGGUUUUGUUAGAAAUACAUCACUGUGGAAAUAUGAGAAAAGUCAAAUAUUUGUGACAAGAAAAUGUUAAUUGCAGGUGCACUUAGGGAGUAAUGUGAAAUUGGUUGCACAUUCUUCCUUCCUUUCCUAUUCAAGGGCUAUUUCCCUUGGAGACCUCUGCAGCUAUUACAUUGUACCUGUAGAAGCCAAUAACACUGUUUAAUCACAAAAAAAUGGGUUGCACAUUGAUGUGCUGUGACUAAAUCACUGGCAACCGUCUGCACAGAUCUUUCUUUAUCUCAUAGUAAUGGGAUUAUUGUGUGUAUAGUCAGGAACUCUGAGAGGUGAAAUACUCAGUUCUCAGUUGACAGAUAGCUAAUUUCCAUGUCCAAACUGGCAUGUAUAGUAGACAAUGAGGUUUGAGAACUGAAUUCAGAAUAUGGCACAGUAGUCAUAUGCUUGUCUUACCAAACCAGUGUUCAGCUCAUGUCUGGCAGCUUAGCAGUGGCACCGUAAGUGUGGGACAACUUGCACACUACACACUCAUUGAGAUAUUCACAGAAAUACAUGUGCCGAAUUCUCUGUAGUUCCAGAUCCACUCAGCCCAUGUCUACAGCAUGCCACUAGGGUUGUAUGAGUUGAGCAGCGACACAAUUAUCGCUCCUAGCAGUCAGUCCAGUUUGCAAUGUCUCUAUUUUCCUGCUUAUGGUAAAGGCUGAAAUUUUUGCAAACUCUCAGUAUGGUAGUCAACUAAGGUUUACUCAAGGUAGACCUAUUGAAAUGACAGAAGAUGGCUAACUUAACUCCAUUAAUAGCAGUGGGUCUGCUGUGAGUUAAAACUUAGUUGAAUAGCACCCUGCAGCCCAUUUUAUAUAAAUUAACCACCACCAUGGUGCAGACCUAAAGUUGCAGCUGUUUAGAGAGCUGUAAUAUAUCAGCCUACUGCACCAUCCACACAGCUUCUCUUGAACAUAGUGGUGCAUUGGGGGGGUGUUGGGUUUUUGGUUUUUUUGGUAGUGUAGUGUCCUGUGUUCCGUGAUCACCCCUGGGAAGCUGCAUGGUCUGGUCCUCCCUCCCUCCCUCCACGCAGCUGUGACUACAAGACCUCUCUUUGCAUACGAGAUUUUAGCAAGUAUGAACCGAGCCUUCAGUGGAAUUCCAGUGUGAAAAUUCUUUUAUGUGUGGGCUACAAACACAAUUGAUAUAAGAUUGACCAGUACUAUGAGGCAUCGCAUUUCCGGGUUGAUCAAGUUGAAGCGGGCUGAUGCAAAGAGUUAUUUGGAAAAACUUUUUUUUUUUAGAGGGAAAGCUAAAUUGGUCAGGCAUCCAAUUGCUGCUCAACUUCUUUCACAUUGGAGUGUCAGAAGAAAAUUACGGUCAUUAACUUUCUGCAAGGAAAUGUAGGGGUAGUAGACUGAAACCACACUUCAUACAUGUCUAUUUGUCUGCCAUUCCAGAAAUUCCCUUCUGUUGUGAUUCUUGCUUUGUUUCUUUAUUCCUGAUUGAUCACUUGUUUGCCCUGGAAUCAUCCUGUGGUAUCUUCAGUAUAUUAAGUUUGCUUCACAGUGUCAUGUUACUGGAGUUCAAAGGCCCUGGAGGGGAAAUGACUCGGAUAACAACACCUGGGAAUUCUCUUCUAAGAAUUUGCUUAGAGAUGUACAAGGUGUUUCCCCCCAACAUGAGUCACAGAAGCAUGAACAAGUAUUUGUAACCUGAAAGUUACAUGUUUGAUUAGCCAAAUUCUUUUUGCCUAGCAUGUGUCCAUAAUUCUUUUGAUUCUUCUUCCAUGACCUGAGCUGACUUCAAAAGCUGUUAAGAAGUUUUUGCUACAAGGAAAAGAUAAAGCCCGUGCAAACUUGCUCCUUUCUGGCCUUCUGGGCUCACUUUUGCACCCGCCUUUUAUUUCAGUUGCCAGUCUUUUUUUAAAAAUUAUUUAAAUAAUUUCAUUAUGAAAAAUUCAAAUCAUUAAACACAUUUGCAUGCAUGUAUGCAUGCACGCACACACACACCCUUCAAUAUUAUGUGAAUUCAUUUAAAAUUAAACACAUAAUUCAGUAUGUUCAGUCUUAAACACCAAUCGUCAAAAUCUUUCCACCUUUGAUUUUUUUAAAAGAUUAUGACCAAUACUGAUGCAUUUACUUGAACAAUGCAAAAUGGGCAGACCACCUCAGUUUUAUUUGGAUUGAGCUUCAGUUUGUUGGCUCUCAUCCAAUCCAUUACCGAGGCAAAACAGUGGUCCAGCACAUCCACUGCCUCACCUGCAGAUGUAAAGGAGAACCAGAGCUGUGUGUCAUCAACAUAUUGUGGACAAUGUACUCCAAAACGCUGAAUGACCCCACUCAGCAGUUUCAUGUAGAUGUUAACUUGGUUGGCCUAAUAAAGGUAUUGCUAUAAUAAAUAUUUUGGAUAUUUUUUUUCAAGAGUGUUUAGUCAGAAUAUGUUGUUCAGGCCUCAACCUGCCUUUUGGCAUGUUCAGGUUUUGAUACCACAACUUAGCAUUGGUACUUCACAUGCUUUGGUGACUCUAAGACUGCAUGAUAAGCACAUUCUCUUUUUAGAUGUUGGCAUCAAACUGUACAUGUCUGAAGUCCAUUUGUAGAAACCAGACUUCUCUUGGAUGACAGCUUAUAUUUUCACAUUACUAGCAACUAGAAAAAAGGCAGUGGUUGACCCUCAAAUGCUUUACCUCCUGAUUAAAUUUAAACUUCAAAACGAAGCCCAUACCUGUGACUCUCAAAGAGAAGCCCGUAUACUAUUACAGGUUGUUGUUUUUAAAAGUGUUUUCAUUAUACUUAUUGAUACUUACUAAUGAAUACAAAUUAUGCUCUUCUAUUUCAGUGUGGUGCUCACCUUGGACAUAUUUUUGAUGAUGGGCCUCGUCCAUCUGGCAAACGAUACUGCAUAAAUUCAGCUUCAUUGUCUUUUGAGUCUGCAGACAAGAACCAUGCUGGAGAAGGAAGCAUUAGUGCGACUUCUGCCCAACCAGACAAGACAGAGCUGUAGGAGGAAGAUAGUUUCUCACAAAGCUUAUUUUCCUAGAUGACUCUUAAAUAAUGUUAUUCUAAGUUGCCUUCUACCUUAUAUGUUAAAAAAAACCCACAAAACCUUUUAGGGAUAUUCUGCACUAUCAGUUUUUUUGUGUAUCAAAAUGAGGCCUUGUGUGUGCCAAUGUAUUUUUGUUAUAUAAUCACACUUAAAUAAUUGUCAACUUACAUGCAGUGGGGAACCUCAUAAUAAAAGGGUAUUUAGCACUAUGGGUUAUUAAUCUCCACUUAGUGCUUUGUUAAAAUAGGUUUGAAUAAUAUCCCUCCUUCUUUCUGAGGGAGAAGGCUGUAGUUCAUUCAUUGCAGAACUGUACUGUAUAUACAGCAGUCUCCUACUAUCUCAUUACUUCAGUGAUUUUGUUCUGAUUUACAUGACAUUUGUCCUCGACCAUCUUUCCAUUUGACACAUCACCCAACCUCCAUGAUGGAAGUGUGUGUUAGUUAAAGAGCGGUGGGUCAUAUCCAGCCCAUCCUUUUGCUGUGAUAGGGCCAGCUGGAGUGGAUAGCAGGCCUUUGCCCCUGAGUCUGUUCCUUCAAGUUGCGAUGAGUAUUUAAAUGAAUGUGGAUGGAAACCUGUUUGUUUUAACCAGUAGCUACCAGCACUUUUACAGGCCUGGUCUACCAGCCAGAAGUGGGUGAAAGCGAAUAGUAGGUCACUUGUUUUACUAUGCCCCUAAUGAGGGUCCUGCAAAAACAAAACAUCAACGAGCCAAAGAGGAUUCACAGUGUAGCAUGGACUAGUUGUUUUGUGGGUCGCGCCUUGGAGCAUGCAGUAAUGUUGCUAAUUACUGCUCCGCUUUCAGGUUUUGUCCUGGGAAAGUGAAUACCUCAUUGAAGAGGUACAAACUUCCCUACAAUUCCCCCUUACAAUGUUUGGACAGGCAUUAGAAGGGAUGCAGUUCUCUUUCUUUCAAGCAGUUUCAAUGUGCAAUUAUAAGCACCAAGUGGCUGUGCCUUCUCAUGUGCAAAUUUACAGCAGUGUGCUGCUUGAAGAACAACCUUACUAUUUUCCAGCUUGUAUGUGUGCUCAGUCUUAUUUUCUGAGCACAUGUAUGUACAGGAAAUGCACAAAGCCGACAACCAAAACAUUAAGAAAUGCAGCAAGAAGUAGACAUGUCCACGAAGACUGAAGAGUUUUAAGUGGAAACUUGUCCCAAGGCCUUUAGUGAGAUCAGAUUAGACAUUUUUAAGCCUUCUAAGGAUAUGACCAUCUACUUCGUGCUGAAACUUCCUUUUUUACACUGCAAGAAAACUGUCUAUAGGUAGUGUGUGUGCAUAUAUAUAUAUAUGGUUGAAGCAGAGAAUAGCUGCAUUUUCUAAACCCGAUAAAGUACUGUACUGUUUUGUUGUAGAAUAUUCAAUUUCAAUAUCAAUAGCAAACAUACUACCUGACAUAUCUAACACCGAAGCCCUGUACAAUAGGUUGAAAUUACUACCUUUAUAGCCUUAUAGCUCAAAAGCGAGAAAAAAAACUUGUUUGCUAAUAUAAUUGAAGAAUAGACAGAUGUAGAACUUCAGAAUGCAACCAUAUGCAUAAGAGAACAAUUACUCCUGUUAGCAUCACUGUUCAUGUAUGCAAUUAUGUACUUCCCAGUUUGUGCAGUCCUUCCUUUACAAUGGCAGAGAACUUUCUAUGCUUCAUGUCAUUCUUUUGCUUAUUUCCGUCUCCCAAAGGGCUGUUCUUAUUCCUUGCCUUUGUUGGAAGAGAAGUGAGUUUUCUCCUAUCACAUUUUCUGCCAUAAAUCUCUAAUAUGCAACAUUUGUAAAAAUGUGGAGCCUACAUGCAUUUUGCUUUUCAGAUCUCUGCUGUAGUUAAGGGUUAUCGAGUUUCAGCAUAUUUCUGUCUUGCAUUAAAGAAAUAUAUUACUAAAACUUCAAUGAGCAAUAAUGCCAGCUGUCCAUCAGUAGAUUUAUAUUUGCAGGAUAUGGAAUGCAAUGAACUGAAUCAAUAUGGCUAGGUGUAUGUGAUCUGUAAGAGUGGAACACUGUUAGCAGAAGAAAGCCAUUGUUCUUUCUCUGUACGGAACACUGGGCAACAUUUUUCACUAUUAAUGCUAGUAGGGGAUAUAAGUAUGACUGGUAUUGCAGAACUCAAAUGCAGGCCAUCUUGUUUAUGUCCUUGGCAGAGGAUCUCAGAAGGUGAGCACAAUAAAUAAGCAGGGAGCCCAUUCUUUGUAUUGUAUGGGUGCGUGCAACUACUGAAUGCAAAUUAUAUAAGAACAGAGAACUGUAUUUUAUAGCAUCCAAUCUAUAUUAUAUAGAGAUUUGCAGAGCUUAAUAUAUAAAUAUCAAAAGAUACUUGGGGAAAAAGAGAAAAAUAAAAGUAUUUUAUUCGUUUUGAAAAAAAAUCAAACUUUUCCUCAGAAUUAUGGUUUGCUUUUGAGACAAUAGCGUUGGAUUUUUCAACGAAGGGUAUCUUUUAAUAUAUUUCUUGUACGCUGGGUAUAUAAUAAAGUUAAUUUAUAAAUAAA